GGCCUAUCGCGGAGUGGGCGGGGUUCCGUGGCUGGUGCUGUGUGUAGCCUGCCCGGGUUGUGACAGCUGGUUAUUGCCGUGUGGUCCGGAGCCGGGAUGGGGAGACUUAGCGGAGCCCUGCGCUGUGUCAAGUACCUGCUGCUCACCUUUAACCUCGUCUUCCUGGUAAGAGCAGCCUGGGCUGGCAGGGGGUCACUGGGGGCUCAGUGGACAAGAAGUGACAGGGGAGUCAAUGUACCCUACCAAAGAAUAUACAUUAUAUCAGUGACAGUAGUUCUGUGUAAAUUAAACUCCUAUAUCUAAUGCAUGGAUCGUCAGUGGGUAGAUUCCCUGCAGUUAUAACACUAAAGCUGGCAAAGCAUCACGGGAGUUGUAGUUCAACAGCAGCUGGUGAGCUACAUUUUGGACACCUGUGAUCUAAUUUCUGUCACUAUUUGGAAAGUAAAGGGGAAGUGAGGAGAGUGAGAUGGGGGGGAGAGGGAGAGAUGGGUUAUUAGUAGAAUGGGAGAGUGUGAUUGAUUGUGAGGGUAAAUAAAGGGGGUGAAAACAUGUGGAAUGGAAGAGAUUUAAUUGGAAUGAUAAAAGGAGGAGAGAAGAUUAGUAGACUAGGUGGUGGUUUGUGUUGUGCCAUGUAUUUAUGUUUAGGGGUAAAUAAUGGUACGGAGUGUGAAAAUGUGACAAAAUCUGUGCCUAGGGCAGAUAAAGUGAGAGAUGGAGAGAAGGCUGACAGUUUAUUGAAGGGAAAGGGAAGAAUUAGAAGAGAAUGUCUGGUACCUAUCAGGAGAGGAUGAGCAUGAGAAGAUGUAGAGAUGAAAGUGAUAAUAAAGGGGAUGAAAAUACGAUCUGGCUUAUUCAUUAAAGUGAAAUUUCUGACUAUUGAGGUAUUAAUGAAUAGCCCUGUGUUUGGUGAAUUAAACAAGAUAAAGAUUUGGCAUGGUGAAGUAAUCCCUGGCUUCAAUAAAAUGGGGUUUCAAUAAGUGGCUUCAAUAAAGAUGGGGCCUGGAGAAGGUGUUAGGACUAAUGUGUAGUUAUAAUGGAUGAGCAGAUAAUUGGGUAAGGACAGGGAGACAGAAAACAUUGUGUUAAGGCAUAGACAGAGCUAUGGUUAAUGGUGGAGGAAGGAUAAAGGGAAAGGUGAGAACAAGCUAUAUGGAAAGACAAAAGAGAGGUGUGCAGUUGGAUGAUAGGAAAACGUAGGCAAAUAAAUAAAUGAUGGAAGUUACAGGGCAACUACCCAGCAAAUCAGGACAAACUGUGAAAUGAUACAGGAAACUAUCAAACAUAAGAUGAGGUAAUGGGAAGUAGAAGGAAACUGAAUAGUCCACCUGGAUAGUGAUUACAAAUAAACUGACUAAAUGUGGCAUUGGAGGGCAGAGUAAUAAUGUUCUAAAGAAGGCUACAGUAAGGAUGUGUGCAGGGAAUUAAAGUAAUAAGCAGUUCUCUUACAAGGUUUCAAAGUAUGCAGCGAUAUGUUAUGGUGACAACAGGCGCACAAUACGGUAAACAGAGUUUCGGCAUACAGUUGUAAUAAAAAAUAUUAAAUUCCCAUUGAAAAUCAGGUUAAUUGUAAACAUUUACAGCUAUUUGCAAUUAACAAAUCAAACAAAAGCAAUGGAAAUAGCUCAUCGCAACCAAUGAUUCAAGUUGUUUCCUCAAAUUCAACUGAAAAUGCUACUUAGAUUAACUUUUCCAGUCUCAAAAUUAUUCAACCCCUUCACGGCGAACAUCCGUAGUACUUAGUAGAGGACAUAAACCUUAGUAGAGCAAAUAAACCUGCCAAAGGAUAACAAUAGAUGGAGUGAAUACAGCAGGAAACAAAUUAUAAAAAGAGGUAAUGGGUUGUUCAUUAAAAUGAGAAUUGCUUGGAAAUCAUUCAAAUUUUUCUAAAUUGGUUAUCUGGCCUAAAUUGUGAAAAUCACUUAGAAUUCCUGAUAAUUCUCACUUCAGUAGAUUACCCAGUGAGGGUGUAGCAAAAGGAUGGUGUCAGAUUAUUAUUUAUGUGAUUAGAUCAGUUUUGUGUAAGAGUCUUUUUUUUUUUUCAAUUGAAAAUAUCACCAUCAACUAAUUGAUGUUUGUGCAACAGGUUUCACUACCAGAAUACAGAUAAGAGGCAUGAUAGAAUGUUAAAAUUUGCAGUCACAAUUAUGUUAAAUGAUUUUACAGUUAAGAAAAAAAUAGACUCAUGUAAAUAGGCAGCUUGGUUUAACCACAUAAGGUUGUAUUGGAAUGUAAAUGUCAUCAUAAUAACCUCCCUAUAAGGAUAAGUGGAUAAGCAGAGACUGGGGAAUAGGAGGGGCAGAGGACAGCUGAGGUCAGAGGGGAAUCCCUGGGCAAGUGGAGUGAAAAUAACAGGCCAGUGUCUUGGACAAGGAUGAAAAUAGCAUGAAGUGUCAUGAUAAUGUAUCUGUAAACAUGGGAUAAAUAUACAAACAAUAAACAGAUAUGAGAGAGAGAGAUAUAUAAUAGGACGUGGGAAAACAUACAGAGGCGCAACCGGGAGUGAAAAUAAGGAUACAGGUUGAACUAUACAGACAAUAACUAUUAUCCCAUUGUACAGCGCUGCGGAAUUUGUUUGCGCUUUAUAAAUAAUAAUAAUAAUUAUUAUGUUUUUAUGUUGUCAAAAAAAUUUUUGAAGGAAAUGUGAAGACUGACCAAACACUUUGAUACCUUAACAAGACUUUAGUGCUACGGGGUAAAAUAAUCUUAAUUAACCGAAAUAAGAAAACAUUAUUUUAAUAUAGGAAAAAUUUGAUUAUUAUUUGUUAUUCAUGUCCCCCUCUCCGCCCCCAUGGCAUAAUAUAUGAGUUGUGGGUGUAUUUAUUGGUGAGUUUGGACAUAGACAAAAUAGGCUAUCAGCAAUAUAUGUUCAAAAGAUCAUAGAUCAUUUCCAUUGACUGAUAAGUAAAAAAAAACAAAAAAAACUGGUAAGACGUGGGUGGAGGUGAGGUGUUUGUGUGAAACAAGGCUUGUUAUCUCAUUUCCUCCAUAGCUUCCAGAUUGCAUUAAACUUGUCCAAUUUACCCAACAUCUUGUAAGUGAGGAAUUCAUAUGUUCUGUUGCUGUUUAUAGUGGAGAGGAGGGGCGGGUAGAUGUGUGUAUACCCGUGCAAUGUGUCAGUUUAUGUUCUGUAGAUUGUUAGCUCAUUUGGUCACGGUCCUCUUCACCUCGUCUUCCCAUGUGCGCUGGCUCGCUUUAGUUCCAUGGUGACCCAUAUCUGUGGACACCAGGGAAAUGAUGGCCCUCUGCAGUAAUGUGCGGGUCCAUCGUUAGAUGCGCUCACACUGUGCAUUGGGCACUAGAUUACUGCUGAGAACGCUUCAGUAGCGCUCCCUGCAUGGUCCUAAAGUCUGAGGAAUUAUAGGCCUAGCUAGUGAGGCAUGUGGUGUCAUUAGAAACGCCCCCUCAAGGCAACACCCACCCCAUCGUGAUUCCCCAGACCAGAUUGUUGGGAGGUAUGUAAAUGUUUCAUACAAGGUCUUGUUUAUCAUUUGUAAAGUGCUGUGCUAUACAAAUAAUUAUUAGUGUAAUUGUCAGCGUCAUGAGGGCCAUGUUGUGCAAUGGAUGGAGGGCUACAUUCAUCUAUAUAGCUACCUUUCACUCAAUAAUCACUUCCAUUAAUCUUUUUCUUUAGCAGCCUAACCCCAGUGUUCUCUCCUAGUGCCUCCCUUCUCUCAAUUCUCAUGUCUAUUGCCCCUCUCUUAUUCAGUAAUAUCCCCAAGUGCCACUGUUCUCUCAGUUCUCACUUCCAUUGCCCCACUUCUUUAACAGUGUUCAUCUGUUGUUUCCUUCCUGUCCCCUAAAUAUGUGACCUGAACUGAAAAUUCUCCUGCUCAGCUAUGCUACAACAAUUUUAUUUUGACUCAUAAAUUUGUAUGUAUGCGUGUAUGGUGUAUGCUGGCUAUAUGUAAUGUGUGUAUGGUGUGUGCUGGCUGUAUAUAGUGUGUGUCUGUGGUGUGUGCUGGGUGUAUGUAGUGUGUGGUGCUAAUUUUGGUGGAUUUUUCUGGAUUACUGGUGGUACUGUGGAGGAGGGUCAGAUGACUCUGGUGGUCUAGCAAUGGCCCAGGAUCUCAGGGGACCUGUUGGGGAGCUUGAGGGACAGAGCUCCGUCUGACAUCAAGGGAGCCCUGCCAUCUGACGUCACGUGAGCCAUGUUUGAUGUCAGUGUGGAAAGAACGGCAGAUAAGAUCUUUGUCUUGCAGGCAGGAGAAGCAGUUAUGUUUGUCAGCAUGGCAAUGCGCACCAACAACAUAUGUAAAUUAGGAACUGAACAGACAGGCAGCCCAGAGCAAAUUAAGGAGUAUUCCACUUCCCAAACACACACAAAAGCAUUACUGUUUAAUAAAUAUGUCCUUUGAAAACAUGCAUGGAUUUAAUUAUGUAUUUUUUCAUUGGUUUAUAUCUAAAACUGCUUACUAAUCUGUGGAUCUCUUGUCUGAAGCAUUUGCAAGCACUCCCCUUUUUCCCAGCACAAACUUUCUGUGUCUGUCCAAUCACAGACUUUCCGAUGCAGCUCAAUGAGAAAUCUUUGCAAGGCAGGUGCUCUGGGCAAUUGCUGCCUCUUGAGUUUAGCUCCACUUGGGUAAACUAAUAGGAAGUAACAGAACCAGUUGUUUGGUUCAUAGCCAGCAGGUGUAACACGGUUAAUAUGUAAAGGUGCCAAUUUUAAUGUGCACUUUUUGUAAAAUGAAAAAAAGAGGACACACUGUUCACAAAUAAAAACCUCCAGCAAGUUGAAGUGUUUUAGCGGCCUGGAGAGUUCCUUUAAAGGACCACUAUAGGCACCCAGACCACUUCAGCUUAAUGAAGUGGUCUGGGUGCCAGGUCCAGCUAGGAUUAACCCUUUUUUUUUUAUGUACAUAGCAGUUUCAGAGAAACUGCUAUGUUUAUGUUAGGGUUAAUCCAGCUUCCAGUGGCUGUCUCUUGACAGCCGCUAGAGGCGCUUGCGUGCUUCUCACUGUGAAAAUCAUAGUGAGAAGACGCCAGCGUCCAUAGGAAAGCAUUGUGAAUGCUUUCCUAUGGACUGGCUGAAUGCGCGCGCAGCUCCUGCCGCGCAUGCGCAUUCAGCCGAAGAGGAGGAGAAGAGGGAGGAGAGGAGGCGGAGAGCUCCCUGCCCGGCGCUGGAGAAAGAGGUACCUUUAACCCCUUCCUCUCCCCAGAGCCCGGCGAGAGGGGGUCCCUGAGGGUGGGGGCACCCUCAGGGCACUAUAGUGCCAGGAAAACGAGUAUGUUUUCCUGGCACUAUAGUGGUCCUUUAACAGAAAUUGAUAGGACCCUUUUUUUUCCUGAAUGCUUAAUCUGUGUUGUGACAGGUUUUAUGUUUUCUACACUGCUGCAGAAAGUAUUGGGACGUGACGGAAAUAUGUUUAAUACUUACCAAUUUGGCACACCACAUUCUGGUUAACACUUCAUUAGCAUUUAAAUGGGUGAAAAAAAAGAGGAACUGUCACUAACUCAACAGUGACAGUUCCUCUUGUGUUGUAGCAAAACCAAAUAGCAAACUAUCUAUGUGUCAUUAAUAUGAUAUUGUACCCGCUGUUAUUCCCAGCAAUAUAAUAUAUUCAAGUAAUAGUAACACAAUAAUUAAAGAGAGCCUCGAAACACUACAACAAAUUUAGCUUAAUAUAGCAGUUUUAUAAUACAGAUCAUGCCCCUGCAGUCUGCUCAGUUCUAUGACAUUUAGGAGUUAUCGUCAAUGUAUCAGAUCCAACAUUAUUUACUAAAGUUUGAAUUAUUAGAAUUCAAAGUGAAUUUUAAAUUUUAACUCAAAAUAGACAAACUGGAAAUAUAGCUGACUAUGAAUGUUUACAGUUGCCUAUUCAGGUGCAUUUACUUCAGUGAGAAUUCAAAGUAAAUUUUAAACUUAAAUGAACACUUUAGUGUCAGGAACACAAACACGUAUUCCUGACACUAGAGUGGUAAAAUAACAGUUUAAGUUCCCGGCCCCCCUCUAUCUACUUUAAAAAGGUAUUUUUACUCACCUAUUUCCAGUGCUGUGCUAGUCCCGCCGCGUCUGGUACUGACCUGCUCCAAAUAUGACAAUCUCAGUCAAUCCAAUGCUUUCCCAAAGGAAAAAAUUGGGAGGCUAUUGGACAUGUGCGGCAAAACUCUAUACUGUGCAAUUAGCACCUCCUUAUAGGGAUGUAUUGAAACAAUGCACCUCUAUGGGGAGCAUUCAGCAUAUCCAUGCAGACACUGAAUGCCAGUUCUGCACACUGUGCAACAUUGACCCAGGAAGCACCUCUAGUAGCCUUCUGAGUGAUUGCCACUAGAGGUGUUACAAGGCUGUAAUGCAAACAUUGUCUUCUCUCUGAAAACACCAGGCAGUGUUUACAUUAAAAAAGCUUGCAGGGACAGGCAAUAGAUACCAUAAAAACUACAUUAAGCUCUAACUGUAGUUAAGGCCAAAGUAUCCAAAGGGAAAGUAUAGCUGAUUUAGAGGAUUAUUCUUGUUUGGCUGUUGACUUUAAAGCGGUAAUAGGCACCCAAACCAUUUCAUCUCAUUGAAGUGAUCUGGGUGUCAUGUCCCUGACAUUUUAUCCCUGCAACUUAAAAAAAAAAAAUAAGUUUUGCAGAAAGAGCAAUGUUUACAUUGUGUGGUUAAAAUGAUUCUAGUGGCUGUCACACUGAAAGCUGCUAGAGGAAUUUCCACUGAUAUAGCCAUAUUAAACUUGACUGUUUCAGUCAGAUGAUCUCCUAAAGACCAUUUAAAUGGGGCAGCAUUUUGCUCACUAUCCUCUCAAUGCUUUCCUAUGGGGAGGCAUUUGAUUGGCUAAGAUCAUAAAGAUUGAUGAUCUCUGCUAACGAGGCAAGGUAUGCUUUAAGGAGAGCAAAGUGGAAAGGGAGAAUUGCUAAGUAAAUAAACUUUUUUUAAUUCUUAACCGAGGGGGUGGGGAGAACUGCCUAAACAGCGAGCAGAUCACUAUAAUGUUAGGAAUACAUGUUUGUAUUUCUAACAAUGUAUUGUUCCUUUAUUAUUGUUGAUAUUAUUAUUGCCAUUUAUAUAGCACCAACUUAUUCUGCAGCGCUUUACAAUUUUGUAAAUUUGAACAUCACAUUGAAAUUGCUUUGAAUUAUAACUUUAGUAAAUAAACCAGUAUUUUGUAUUAUAUUUUGUUAAAGGAACACACAAACUUUAAAGGAACACUAUAGGGUCAGGAACACAAACAUAUGUUCCUGACCCUAUAGUGUUAAAACUACUAUCUAGCCUCCUCCCUUGCCUCCCUAAAUAUAGUAAAAUCUUACUUGUAUUUAAGUCUGCAGAUACUGCCUCUGCCCCUGUCUGCCUCUGAGCUGCUUGCUGUCUGCUGACAUAAUCAGAAAUGGUGGUCUGAGCCAAUCACAAUGCUUCCCCAUAGGAUUGGCAAGACUGUCAAAGAGGCAGAUCAGGGGCAAAGCAAGCACCUGUCAAACACAACCCUGGCCAAUCAGAAGCUCCUCAUAGAGAUCCAUUGAAUCAAUGCAUCUCUAUGAGAAAAGUUCAGUGUCUGCAUGCAGAGGGUGGAGACAUUGAAUGGCAGUACUGCAUCACUACCCAAGGAAGCACCUCUAGCAGCUAUCUGAGGAGUGACCAGUGGAGUUAUCACUAGGCUGUAAUGUAAACACUGUAUUUUCUCUGAGAAGACAGUGUUUACUGCAGAAACCCUGAAGGAAAUGAUUCUACUCUCCAGUAAGCUGUAGUUGUUCUGGUGACAAUUGUAUCCCUUAAAAAAAAUUUUUAAAAUACCCCCAUUCUAAUUAAAACCAGAUGUAAAAAUGAAAAUACAUUAACUCUAAUCCAGAGCAGACCCAGACUCCUUGCAGCAGUUGCUCAACCUCUUCUGAGAUCAUUGAUACUGAUGACCUUGGCCCAAUCUAAUGCUUCCAUAGAGACCUAUGGUGUGACGGUUGUCAUGCGUUUUACUGAAUCCACGGAGAAGUAUUGCUUUUGGCAUAAUCAUGCACAUCUCAGUGAACGUGAAAGAAAUAUGAAAAUGAAAGUCCUUCACUGAGGAAGUUCCUCAAAUCGUGUCUGGCAAUCUAACAGCCACUAGAAGCAUAAUUAAGGCAAAAUGUAAACACUGUUGUUUUUAAUGAACAGCGAUGUUUCAGAUUGUCAGCAAAAAAAAUUGACAAGGUUUUAGGACCAAAUCCAGUUCAUUAUGCUGAAGUGGUUAAGAUGCGUAAAGUGUCCCAUUGUGAGUUUUGCAAAAAUAAUAUAGAACAAUCAAAAUAAACAGGAUAGCAUACUCAUUGAAUACAUGACUUUCUGUGUUCAAAUUGGGUAUUCAUAUCACCAAUGCUAUAAGCCUUCCAUUGCCUCUUUCCCCAUAUAGCAGAAUGCAUCAACUGUGGUAGCUAGAGAUUGUAAAACGAACUGUCAGUUUGGAGAUAUUAGCACAUUCUACAAACUAGCUCUUGCUAGCCAGCUAUUUGUUCUGCUUUUUUGUGUUUCUGCUAUUAUUUCCACUGAUUUGCAGGCAUAGCCUGGCAUUCUAUGCAAAUUAAUAUGCAUUGUGCACAUACUGCUUCAUGGGAAGAAGUUGUCAGUGCUGAUCCUUGAAAGUUAUUGUGUUAAUAUUUACACGUGGUGCUUACUUUACCACAAUAAACAUUUCCUUUAAUCGGCUGUUGACAUCACCAGGUAACUUUUUUUCAAAAGCUGAAACUGAGGGUGUAGCAUAUGUACAUAUUUUAGCCAUAUUUACUAGAAUUCAUAAAGGCCUGACCGGUCUGAAAAAUAUAGUAACUCAUCUGUCUUGCUCCACACUAGGAAAUUGCACACAUUUGUAUGAGGCAUAUGUAGUGUUAAUUAAAAAAGAGUUAUCAUAAUACUAAUUUCUCACACAUCACAAGUCUGGCAAAAACUUUAUAUAAGGGGAAAUUAUUGAAAUGUAAUUUGACAAAUGUUUCCAUCGUACAUUGAGGCUAGGGUUACAUUUAUUUUUUAUUUUCUAUGAUUAUAAAUAGAUGUAUAUUUACAAAUGAAAUGUAUGCUUUUAUCUUCUCUGACAUGUAUCAUGUUGCUACUUUAUUGUAUAUUACCAUGUAAUAUUUAUAAGCCCUGUGCAUUGAUAUAUGUCAAGACGUGUUGUCAGAAAAUUCCAUAUCACAUUAUACAUAAUUUAGCAAUUUAACCACAAUGUUACAAACCAGUAAGAGAUAAAAUGGAUAGCGUGCGUAAUACAGUGGAUUUGAAGAGCUCAAAUAUAUAAGCCUACGCACCAAUCAGACGGGGACCGUACAGUUUCCUUAUAUUUGUGCAACAUGUUCUAAUACUAGUAAGGUUCAUAUGGAAACUACGUGAUUUAUUUAAUAAAGAAUGAUUUGUGUCAACUGAGUUGUAAAAAUAGAGGCUAAAAUAACAAGUCGAUUUUCAGCUCAAUGUUUAUUAAAUAUAAAAAGGUUGUCCGCAUAGUACAAUUUCAGUGUGUGCAUGCCUAAUUCAGUGGCUUGCGUGUGUGGAGUGCUUUUAAGUAUGAACGCAGACAUGUGUUUUUGUGAAGGGUCAAUGUUAGUAUGUGUAUAAUACAGGGGUGUAUCCGUAUGGAGUGCUAUUGAAUGUGAUUGUUGAGUUGUGUGUGUGUGUGUGUGUGUGAAAUUCAUGUACAGGGUUAGAGCCUACAUGUGACUACAGUGUGGUUAUUUAGAUGGGCUUAAUUUUUGCCACAGUCUGGUCCUGCUAAGACUCAACCAACCACAGGCGUGUGCAUGUGGUUUACCAAGUGUAUGCAAGCACACCAUAAUGCAGGACUUAAUUGUCCAUUCUGUCACCCACACUGUCCCCAUCAAAAGUUUGUGUGUUUUCAGUGUCUAUGUGAUAGUGAGUUAUACAUUUAAUCUGUAUCAAAUUUUAUAUUUGACGAAAAUCAAUUAAAACAAAUUGUAAUAAAGCUUGUAUUCAAUUUAGUAUUUAAUAUAUUUUAAUUUAAUAUUAUCAGCAUUGUGUUGGAAAUAUAAAAAAAAAAUGUUUAGGUAAGUUCUAGCUCAUUUGAUAAAUAAAAAUGACACUUAUGAUGGUUGCAUAUUCAUGUCUAAGGAUUCACCAAUAUUAGGGUUACUUUGAUAUGGUGGCCGGCCUAAUACACAAUGGCCAUAUGAUGUGACUUUUUCCUAUUUGGAGAUGAUUUUAAGUCAAAUUGAAAUAUCUGAAACAGUAAAUAAUGUUGUGUGUACCUUAUUUGUGUAUGGGACAUAAAGUCAAACUUGUCCCAUGUGUUCUACUUUGCAAAUUUUAAUAAAGAAUCCUCAGCAUCUUUUAGUAAUAUUCUGUAUGUGGGGCAACUUGUAGUAAUGUUGUGCCUGCUUCUAACUUAAAGGAGCACUAUAGUGACUGGAAAACAAACUUGUUUUCCUGGCACUAUAGGAUUUUUAGGUCCCCUUCCAUUAUGCCUCCCCCUCCCACUGGGCUGAAUGGGUAAAAACACCUUCAGCCACUUACCUUAAUCCAGCGCCAGGCCCUCUCGGUGCUGGUGACCUUUCCUCCUCCUGUCGAUGUCAGCUCCGGAGUGGAGCCGAAUGCGCAUGCAUGUCCAGAGACACGCACAUGCAUGUCCGGAGACACGCGCACAUUCAAACCGCCCAUAGGAAAGCAUUACUCAAUGCCUUUCUAUGGGGAUCUGAACUCACCCUGCGUGAGUUCAAUGAGAUUUUCACAGUGAGAAUCUUGGAAGCGCCUCUAGUGGCUGUCAGUGAGACAGAUGCCAGAGGCUGGAUUAACCCUGUAGUGCAAACAUAGCAGUUUCUCUGAAACUGCUAUGUUGAUAGCUUCAGGGUUAAAACUAGAGGGACCUGGCACCCAGACCACUUUUUUGAGCUGAAGUGGUCUGGGUACCUAUAGUGGUCCUUUAAGCUUCCACUGGUGAGAUCCAUCUGAAAUGUCUGUGAAAAUAUAUUACCUUGUAAAGGCACAAGGGACCUUAAUGCAUUUGAGAUGUCAUGUAAUGGGCACCAUACCAUAGGGAAUCAUAAGACACUUUGUUUACUCUAGACUGAGCUUUUGAAACAUGGUAAUUUUCUCAAUUUAUCAAAAGGCUGGGAAUUAUAUGACUCUCUGAAUGCUAGGGUUUUAAAGGGGAAGUUAGAUGAAGAUGUGGGGACACUGGACUAAUUUUGACAGUUAUCGAGGAGCUACUCUGCAAAAUAUAGAUGCAUUAAUUUAUUAUACAGUUAUUUAGAGCUAUCUUGCUAAUGCUAUCCAUUGAUUACUGUUGGGUUUAAUAUUCAUUCAACUCUGAAUUGUAGCGAAGUGAAAACUGAAUUGCAAGAUUUAGGCUAAUAUAGCUGAGCUGUGACUGUAGAUGAGUUGUUGUUAUUAUUAUAAUGAUUAAUAUUUUAUUAUUUAUAUAGCACCAGCAAAUUCCGUAGCACUGUACAAUGGGUGGACUAACAGACACGUAAUUGUAAUCAGACAAGUUGGAUGCACAGGAACAGAGGGGUUGAGGGCCCUGCUCAAUGAGCUUACAUGCUAGAGGGAGUGGGGUAUAGUGACACAAAGGGUAUAAGUAGGGGUAAUGAAAUAGGUUGCUAGAAAAGUAUUCACUGAGAACCUAGGUUAUUUUUGACAGUUGCAGGAGAGGAGUCAAGGGGGGGGAGAUGAAAACCCGCUAACAGUUUAAAUAAAGACUUGCCUUAAGAAGUGUGUUUUCAAAGAAUUUUUGAAGGAGUGGAGACUGGGUGAAAAUCUAACAGAGAAGGGAGUUUCACAGAAAACGUGCGGCCCUGGAGAAGUCUUGGAGGCGAGCAUCAGAUGUGGGAGUACAGACAGAGGAUAUAUGUAGGUCUUUGGCAGAGCGCAGAGGCCUCGACGGGACAUACUUGUGUAUUAGGGAGGAUAGGUAGGUUGGAGCAGCAUUAUGUAGGGACUUGUAAGCAAGCACCAGAAUCUUAAAUUAAGGAUUAUAUCUAACUUGGAGCCAAUGUAGGGACUGACAGAGACGGGAGCCAUGGGAGAUGUGGGCGGGCAGGAAAAUGAGCCUUGCCACCGUAUUCAUUAUAGAUAGCGGUGCAAUUUGGGAACACGAGGGCGGGGCCGCCGACCUGAGCAGCAGCCAUCUCCCGUGGCUCCGGGCUCGAGCCUCUGCAAAGGGCACAUUUGAAGAUCAUUAACCAAGUCUGAACUCACUGAUUCGGGUGGGGGAACACCUAAGCUUCCUUAAGAUACCUGCACCACCGCUGGGUGCACCGGAUGAGGGAGCCACACUACUCUUGGGCCUACCCAGGCACAUGGCCCUGAUGCCUGAGCCUGCUACUAGCGUUCCUGGAAGGGCUGAUCGCAUCCACACUGCCAUGAAAAGCAGCAAUAUGUGCACCGGGGAAUGAGUGGAGGCCUGACCCCAUUCCCCCCCUUGGUCAGUAGUGGUGCUCCAUGCCCUUGCUAUAAUGCUUUGGACUGAGAUGCAGUUAGAGAUGAUGACACAUCCACGAGGGGGUCCCUCCCCAGCUGUCCUGCUCUAAGUGCCACACACAUACUCACACAUUUGCCUGGGGAAAAGAAGAUGGAUACAUACCCGCAGUGAAGAGCUGCCGAAUGCUGAAGUGGUGCCCUUAGGGGUGGCUGUCCUGCUGCAGGGCCCAGGGGCUGCCUGGCCUUUGGGAUAGUGGAGGCCUCGCUCUCCUGGUUCGAGAUGUGGCCUUGAGUGAAUAGUCCCCGGUUCUGAAAGUCCUGUGGGGCCGGUCUGCAUGAUCCUUCGAAGUACCGGUGACUGGAGGUGAAGCAUGCCUGCAACAAGUGUGUGUGGCCGGAGCUGGGUGAAACUUGAGGCAAUUCGCGCCUGGUAGGAGCUAAAGUGGCACAGGGGAGGUGCAGGAGCUGAGCAGUCUGCGGAUUCUUGGUUGUGGGGGUCCAGUAGACUGUGACGAACUGAGUGCCUACAGUGCCAUGGACUGCACUGACAUAGGGCGGGUACUGCUGGAGUUUCAGUCCCCUGGGGGGCAUUGGGCUUGCUGCAGAGGAAGAAAAGUAGAAGAUCUACAGUUGUGUCCUGCAGCUAAGAUGUGCCUUGGCUUGGGGGGGAGGAGACUUUGGUGGGCAAUAGAAUGAGGGAAUUGAAAUGUGCUGUUUGAUUUAAAAAAUUUUUUUCCUAAUGUCUGGCCAAACGUGCCUGGUUCAAGAUCCUUUUAGGGCAUAGUCCCGUAGAUGCUCAAGCAUGGAUCCUCACAUAAUGGGCUUAAUUCCUUUUAUUGUAACCUCUCUAUGAUGAGGAGUUGACACCAACCAUUCCCUUCCCCCCCCCCUUUUUUUUCUUUUCUUUUACUUUUCUGUUUAUUUUUUUUAUAGGGUUGUGUUUUAGCCAUUAUGCGAACUAUAGCAAUGAUGCACUCUCUAUGAAUGUGAAUGCUCCUAUUUGAUGCAUACUUUGGCGUUGUAUUUACCCAUGUUUACUUUAGAUAUGUUAUAUAUUUGCUUACAAUAAGGCUUCGUUGGCACAGUAAUUUCAGUUUAUAAAAACGCCUGUUGUUGAUUUCAGUUACGUGAUUCUUCUGAAAGCGGCCAUUCUUUGUAACGAUAACCCAAUGAUGCUUACUUAUACUUCACCUGAGGAAUGUGCCCUUACUGGACAACGUAUUGUUCUUGUAUACUUCAUGCUACUCAUAUAUGAUAUUGCUCUCUGCUGACCCUUAGGCCUCUGCGUAGGUUCAUGUAAAACCAUUUUACUCGCUAUAUCACUGUUUGACUGCCUUAACUUUGACUAAAAUAAAAACCAUUUAAAACAAUUUGGGAACACCGCUGUUAAGACCACUGAGAAGGAAGUUAGAAUUUUCUUUUCCUAAACCGCUAUUCCUGCCUGAAUUUUCCAAUUCAGUUUUUGAUUGACUAUAGUUCGGUGUUUAGUGAAUAAAACCUCUUUGUGUUUUCUGUUUCAAGCUUUGCUUGUAGACUUCACAGUGCAGUCUACAUUUCAUAGUUGAAUCAACAAACUCAUUUGACAUGGAAAAUUAAGUUUGUGAAAUGCAGUCGCUUGCAGUUACAAUUAUUAGACAGGAAGAUUGAACUGUAUUAUGGGUGUAAUAGGUUUUCCCAAGUAAGAUAGUCUGGUGCAUUUAGUUUUAAGAGACCAAUUACCCAGGCAUGUAUUUGCAUUGGUUACAAUAAUAAAAACUUCAUUUUGAUUUACAUAACUCAUUAUGUCUUAUAUAUGUCUCUAUUAUCCAAUAAUAUAAAAGGUUGAUGCGCUAUGUUUGUUAAAUAAAUAUUACAUUAUAUGUUAUAAAGUGCCAAUAUAUUAAGCAAAACAAAAAACCUACAUGAAAUGUAUUUGUAAUUUUCAGAGUUCUUAAAAUGGAUUAUUUCGCUAACCACAUAGGUAAACACAGAGCACAUAGAGCAAUCACAGCAGCAGGCAAGUAAGGUUGAGCAGCAGUUGGUCACAUAACAGUAGAGUGUGACCCAACAUGGCUUUUCAGCAAGAAAUGUUCUUUAAAAAAACCAAUAUACAUCAUUUAACAAAAAUAUCAUUACGUUUCUUUAGAUGUAACAAACAUUUAAAAAAUGAAAAGUGAAAAAUUUGAUGACAGUUGCCCUUUAAAUGUCUGUUGCUGAUGAUUAUUACAAAUAGAGUAUUGUAUAGGAUGGAGAAAAAUGAGAUAAUUAAAAAGAGAAUAUGAACACAGAGAAACAGUUAAAGAGGCACUGUACGCCUUUCUGCAAAAUGAGUUUUUUUCAUAAAGAUAAUUAGCUCUACAAAUAAUACUGAUCAUUGGCAUGGGUGGUCUUUAACUGUCACUAACCUGUGACUUAUGCUUCACUAUUUUAGUGUUUGAAGUUAUUAUUAGAAUGUAAAGAACUUGAGUUAUUGGGGUCAACCAUUUUCAUGGCCUUCUAGGACAGUAUCCUUAGAAAUACAGUUGUGCUCAAAAUUACCAUACCCUUGCAGAAAUUGUUACAUUUUGGCAUUGAUUUAGAAAAUAUGACUGAUCUUAUUUUCUUUAAGAUAUUGAUCAUUUGAAGCCAUUUAUUGUCACAUAGUUAUUUGGCCCCUUUUUAAAUCAUAAUGAUAACAGAAAUCACCCAAAUGACCCUGAUCAAAGUUUACAUACCCUUGAAUGGUUGGCCUUGUUACAGACACACAAGGUGACACAUACAGUUUAAAAUGGCAAUUAAAGGUUAACUUCCCACACUUGUGGCUUUCUAAAUUGUAAGUAGUGUUUGUGUAUAAUUAGUCAAUGAGUUUGUUAGCUCUCAUGUGGAUGCACUAGAUACUGAGCCAUGGAUAGCAGAAAAGAACUGUCAAAAAACUGCAUAACAAGGUAAUGGAACUUUAUAAAGAUGGAAAAGGAUACAAAAAGAUAUCCAAAACCUUGAAAAUGCCAGUCAGUACUGUUCAAUCACUUAUUAAGAAGUGGAGCAUUCAUGCAUCUCUCGAUACCAAGACAAGGUCAGGUACACCAAGAAAGAUUUCAGCCACAACUGCCAGAGGAAUUGGUCGGGAUACAAAAAGAACCCACAGGUAACCUCGUGAGAAAUACAGGCUGCUCUGGAAAAAGACGGUGUGGUUGUUUCAAGGAGCACAAUAUGAUGAUAUUUGAACAAAAAUUUGCUGCAUGGUCGAGUUGCCAGAAAAAAACCUUUACUGCACCAUUGCCACAAAAAAGCGGAGUUACAAUAUGCCUGACAACACCUUGACAUGCCUCACAGCUUCUGGCACACUGUAAUUUGGAGUGACGAGGCAAAAAUAGAGCUUUAUGGUCACAACCAUAAGCGCUAUGUUUGGAGUUGGGUCAACAAGGCCUAUAGUGAAGAAAAUACCAUCCCCACUGUGAAGCAUGGUGGUGGCUCCCUGAUGUGUUGGGGGUGUUUGAGCUCUAAAGGCAUGGGGAAUCUUGUGACAAUUGAUGACAAGAUGAAUGCAGCAUGUUAUCAGAAAAUACUGUCAGACAAUUUGCAUCUUUGUGCAUUUGUGCACAGGACACUCUUGGACUUUCCAGCAUGACAAUGACCCUAAGCACAAGGUCAAGUUGACCCUCCAGUGCUUACAGCAGAAAAAAAGUGAAGGUUCUAGAGUGGCCAUCACAGUCUCCUAACCUUAAUAUCAUCAAGUCACUCUGGGGAGAUCUCAAACAUGCAGUUAAUGUAAGACGACCAAAGACUUUGAAUAACCUGGAGGCAUUUUGCCAAGAUGAAUGGGCAGCUAUAUCACCUACACGAAUUAAGAGCCUCAUAGACAACUAUGACAAGACUGCAUGUUGUCAUUAAUGCUAAAGUGGGCAAAACACAGUAUUAAGAACUGCAGACUUUUGAACAAGGGUUAUUUCAUUUUUUGUUUUUUUUUGUUUCCAUGUUUUGUUUUAGGAUUGUGCCAUUCUGUUAUAACCUACAGUUGAAUAUGAAUCCCAUAAGAAAUAAAGCCGCGAGGCAAACAAGGCAUUUGCCUAGGGCAGCACAAAACCAGGAUACACCACUGACUGUACCACUUCUGUAAGAUCAGUCCAGAUGAGUAUGCCUUCUCUCCCCACGUGCUUCAAAGAGCCUUGUGUGCACAUGAUCCUGUUGUCCUUCCAUGCACCACUUAUGGCAGGUACUAACCACUGCAUCCAUUGAUCACCCAACAAGACUUGCUGUUUUGGAGAUGCUCAGACCCAGUUGACUAGCCAUCACUAUUUGGCCCUUGUUUAAAGUCACUCAAAUCUUUUCGCUUGUCCCAUUUUUACUGCUUCAAACAAAUAAAAUUCAAGAGGUGAUUGUUCACUUGCUGCCUCAUAUUCUUUCUCUUUAAAGGAAGCUUCAAAACACCUUUAGCGGUUUUGGUGUAUAGAUCAUGCUCAUGCCAUCUUGAUGUUCAAUUCUCUGCCAUUUAGGAGUUAUAUAGCUUUGUUUAUGCAGCCAUAGCUAUAUCCCCCCUGUGACUCACACAGGCUCUCUACACACUUCUUAAAAAAAAGUCUUAUUUUAAAAACAGUGUGUUUAAGUUAAAAGUUCUUGCUUCCUGAUUUAAGAAUAUUUCUUAUGAUUUCUUAUGAUUUAAGAAUAUAUAUCACAACUCAACUUUGAAUUAUAUAUAUCGUCUUGCUCAGAAAUACUUCAGACUUGAGAAAGGGAGGUUCUCCCGAAAGCUUGUCAUUAAAAAAUUCUGUUAGUCCAAUAAAAAAAGGUAUUACAAGAUACAAAUUUUGUCUGUUAUAUUAGGGAGGCUUUGUGUGACACAGCCAAGAAAGAUGUGGCUAAGGCUGCUUAAACAUUGUGUUGUAAGCUUGUCUGUUCCAGUAAGUCAGUCGGGUUUUGUAAGAAUUUCAUGUUUGUUUUGUUUACCUAUUGUGUUGCGCUGCAGAACAAAUAAUUGUAAUUGUAAAUUAAGUCCUAAACAGCAGAGAAUUGCACAGUUAUACUACAGGAUCAUGAUUUAUAUACAUCAAAACUGUUACUCAAAACGUUUUUCAUGCAAAGACUUAAUUGUUUUUAAAUCUACAACAAAUGGAUGUAUAUGGUAAUGGUUUACUGAACCAAGCUACUGAUAUAAGUUCAGCCUUCACAGUAACAUUAAUAAAAUAGUGAGUCCUCGACACAUGUUAGAAUUACACAAAUUUUGUAUUAUUUCAUUGCAUUGUUUUUGUGGUUUGAAUUUUUCUGGAUGAUGUCUUUCUUACUCAAAUUUAAUGAUAAAAUACCCCAAACAUACUACCAGAUCUAACCAAACAAUUUAGAAACUGUAUUGUAUAGUUUUCACAUUUCUAGGAAAAAAUAAAUUACCCAUUUUAAAUUACCCAUUCAUUUACAACUACAUCAGAGAUCAAUUAGUUAAAAAUAUGACAGAAUAAAAGCCAUAUAGCUAGAACUCUUAUGAAAUACACAGUUUAGAUAUGUUUAGACAUAGUUAAUUAAUACAAGCUCUAUCAUGUUGACAUAAUUUUUUUUUAUUUAAACCCUUUCAUUAGAUAAGAUGUGCUAAAUCUGUUAUUAAGUGACAUUACAGGCUCCCGGACCACUUCAGCUCAUUGAAGUGGUCUGGAUGCAGUGUCCCAUCACCCUUAACCCCGAGUAUAUAAUUAUUAAAGUUUUUAAUAAACUGCAAUAAUUACCGUCUAGGGUUAACUCCUCCUCUAGUGGCUGUCUACCAAACAGUCACUAGAGGGACGUCUGGGUCAGUAGGCGACUUUUGGCCGCCUUAAUGAUACGGGACAUCCUCACGCUGUGCAUGAGGACUUCCAGUGUCACUGGAAUCGCCAUAGAUAUGCUUUCCUAUGGGGAAAUCCUAAAGCGACCGUGACUAUUGCCGCACAAGUGCAUUAGGUGUCCCCUGUUGCUGUCAGCCAAGGAGAAAUGAAACCCAGAGCUAGAGUCCCAGGUUCCCCCCUUAAACUCUUCUGCAUCUGAGGGGGAGCGGGCUUGAUGGAGGGGGAAGCUAUAACGAGUUUGUUUUCCUGGCACUAUAGUUUCCCUUUAUAUCAUUGCAUUGUUUAACCCCUUGUCCUGAGUUAAAAGAUUAGAGUUAUGUCUUAUCUUCGCUCCAGCCGUUCCCACUGCUGUUUGGGACACUGACAGCAAAUUGGGAUGCACAGUUAGUGAAUAUUUAGUGACCGUUACACAAAAUAGUUGUACAGUGGUUUUCUUCUCUGAACUUUGGAAGAAUAACAGCUUGAGAAUAUAGCCAAAACAACGGUGUAUGCCAGGUAUAUUGUGUUAAAAUGCAUGGGAAGUGUCUAGGUUCAAAUCUGGCCAAAUUCAAAGAAAAUCUUCAAGCAGACUUGGCCUUUCUUCAAUCUUUAACCCUAACCCUGCAGGGCUCUAGACUCUAUACUUAGACACGAAGUUUAUUUUCCUACUACAUAUUAGAAAUAAAGAUAAAUUUACCAUGUAAAAAUAAAAUGCUUUCUACCCCCCCCUCCCACCAAUGUCCUUCCACAAUUCAUUGUCACCAUCUCAUUGGCCAUCAAGUCUAGGCUGGUACAUAAAAUAGGUUCUGGUAUUUAAAAGCUUGAAGCUUUAUAGUCCACUUUCAACAGACAGGAUCCAGAAACAACAGAUUUUAAAUCUCACAUAUAACAUUAACAAAAAUCAAAAACAGUGCUGACAAUAUGCCCAUUCACCCCGACUUUGCAAACUCACACUUUUACCUAGUGACUCUGGUACUAUACUUACUCAGGUAUCUUGAGAUAUACCCAUGGGAAUAUAUCCAUUACCCUGAUAUACCUGAGAAUAUGUUGGCUUAAAUUUCUGAGAAUUUGUCUGUUAACUCCAAAGCUGAGCAUCUGACCAGGAGUGCCCAAAAGGUAGAUACCCAGAUGUUUUAAAACAACACCUUCCAUGAUGCUUUGUCAUUGUAAAGGCAUGCAAAGCAUCAUGGUUGUUGUAGUUCUACAACAUCUGGGAAUCUACCCUUUGGUCUCCUGUGCACUAGAGCAUCAUUGGACAAUGGGCUUCAGAAGCUAAACAUCUUUGGCAGUAAGUAACUAUGAUAUAUACUUAUUUCUACUGUUUUGAUCACCCUAGUAAAUGCUUCAGUAGUGUCAGUGACAGUUCAUAUUUAAACGGUCACUUCAAGUACCAUAAAACUGAAGUAAUUAGACGUUGUCACGAUGCCUGGAGUCUGUAUGUGCAGCAUUCUGCGUGAAACACAAUUAAUUUAGGUUAAAACGGCUUUUAUUUGUGUCAUCGAAAAUGUACAACAGUGCUAUGGGAUAGCAAAAUAGGAGACAUGCAGGUCUUGCAAAAUCGGGAACAGCAAUAUGAUUAUAAAUGAAUGUAAACCUAAACAAUAUUAUCAAUUAGGAGGUAGUAUAGUAUCAGUAUCGGUAAACUCGUCAUGUUACAUGCAUUUAACAUGCAGAUGUCUGCAUCCUAUGGUCGUACAGGAAGGGGUGAGUGUAUCACCUCUGGGUGAGCUAGGUAGUGACUGUAUAGUACGUGGACGAGAUUCGCCUGUUAUCAUAAUGAUUGCAUAUAGCCUAGGAGUAUCUUCUGGCGGGUAGGGGCCACUAUAGCGUCUGUUGUAUAGCUAACCUGAAGAAACACAAUGAAUUUAACCACUUGAGUGUAAUUCUACCUCUGGCAGUGUCAUGAGGCGUAAUCAACCAACCUGAAACCAGAGUUCUGGGCUGGCUAAUGUCAAUAUCAAACCAAAAAAUGGAACUGUACUCAAUCCAUAAAUAAAGCCUUGGUGCAGCCAAUUCUGGGGCUAGCACCAAGGCCCAAGAAGUAGUUUGUAGUCACCGAAGAAAUAAAAAGGUCCAGGCAAUUCAAGGCUUAGAUAGGCAUUUUAUUGAACUACAGUGUCCAGCAGCAACGUUUCGACCCAAGGAAUUUUCCACUUUUUAAUAAGUGACUAAACUGUACUGACUGGCAUUUUCAAGGCUGGAUAUGUUUUUAUAUGUUUUUCCAUCUGUAUAAAGUUCCAUUACCUUGUUACGCAGGUCUUUUGACAGUUGUUUUCUGCUCCCCAUGGCUCAGUGUCUAGCCUGCUCAGUGCAUCCACGUGAGAACUAACAAACUCAAUGACUAUUUAUACACAGACACUAAUUGCAAUUUAAAAAGCCACAGGUGUGGGAAAUAAACCCUUAAUUGCCAUUUUAACCUGUGUGUGUCACUUUGUGUGUCUGUAACAAGGUCAAACAUUCAAAGGUAUGUAAAUGUUUGAUCAGGGCCAUUUGGGUGAUUUCUGUCAUCAUUAUGAUUUCAAAAGGAGCCAAAAAACUGACAAUAAAUGGCUUCAAAUGAUCACUAUCCCACAAUAUUUUUUGGUUUUUUUUUGCAUGAUCAGUCAUAUUUUCUAAAUCAAUGCCAAAAUUUCAAAUUGUUUUGCCAAGGUAUGCAAACUUUUGAGCAUGCAAAUGAAUGAAUAUAUAUAUAUAUAUAUAUAUAUAUAUAUAUAUAUAUAUAUAUAUAUAUAUAUAUAUAUAUAUAUAUAUAUAUAUAUAUAUAUAUAUAUAUAUAUAUACACAUACACAUGCGGUUUCGUGGGCACACUAUGUUCAUAAUAUUAGCAGCACUAUUAAAAAGGCUCUUUCAUGUUUAUCAUGACCAUGUGUCUUAAAUGUAAAAUCCACAAAACUCACAAAAGAGAUCUACAAAACGAUUAAAGUCAAUUCAAAAUGUAUAACAUGCAUGGAAUCAGCAAAUUAAUGUGUGACUUGGUAAAUAUGUGCACAGAAGUUGAAUGGGCCAAAUGCCCUAAAUUUUGGAGGAUAAAAAGUGAAUCUGGCUCCUAUGAGUUUAUGGAGAUUAUACAAUUAUAUUAAUAAUGGAUUACGUCUAUUUUAAAAAAAAAAUUUUUUUGACAGUUUACCAUGAGAUCCUAAAUCUAACGUCACCCCCUAAAUACACCAGGAUAUAUUAUCCUCUGUCAAAGAGGUGAAAUAUAUAAAAAUAAAAGAAUAAUAAUGCUGGUUUAGAACAUCUUCAGUGCUGCAGAAGCUGGAUGGUAAUUCUGCCACUCAUUCAUUGACUGAGAGCAUCAGCUAAACUCUUGUUCUGGGCUGAUCACAAUGCCAGUGGUGGAGUUACACUGUUGGCAUCAUAAGGAGUUACACUCCUUAUGUGCUGUGUUUCAUUGUGAAACGCUGCACAUACAGACUCCAGGCAUUACUACUUCAAAUCACUGAAAUGGUCGUUUGCUUGGAAUAACCCUUUGAACUUACAGUGCACAGUAACAAUUAUUAUAUGCACCAGCUGAACCAUUCAUUCCGCCAUCUUGCUCUUGAUAAUUCACACAUAGAUUAAAACCUAAUCCUAGUUUAGACAGGGUUUAGAGAAGGAAUUACAUGAAGGCAAGUGGAAAUGGGUAGUUGUUUCAGCCAUGUUAUUUGGCUGUGCUCCAAGGAACAUGUAUAUUGUUAAACCUCAGGCUAGAUGUUAACUCUACAAUAGAAAGAAAUACAUAAUGAAUAAUAGUAAAGACAUAAUAAACCAACCUGUCUUUAAAGAAGCCUUUGUAGUAUGAUACAAGAAUUUACUAUAAAUUAAAGGAUACAUGUCAUGUAAAAGGCUAAAUAGACAUACCGUAUUUAUCGGCGUAUAACACGCACCGGCGUAUAACACGCACCUCAUUUUAAGAAGGAAAUUUCAGGGAAAAAAAACUUAAAGGACCACUAUAGUGCCAGGAAAACGAGUAUGUUUUCCUGGCACUAUAGUGGUCCUUUAAGUUUUUCCCCCUGAAAUUUCCUUCUUAAAAUGAGGUGCGUGUUAUACACCCUCAGGGACCCCCUCCCGCCGGGCUCUGGAGAGAGGAAGGGGUUAAACACUUACCUUUCUCCAGCGCCGGGCGGGGAGCUGUACUCCUUGCUCGCGACGUCAUCGGCUGAAUGCACACGCGCGGCAGGAGCCGCGCGCAUUCAGCCGGUCACAUAGGAAAGCAUUUACAAUGCUUUCCUAUGGACGCUUGCGUGCUCUCACUGUGAUUUUCACAGUGAGAAGCACGCAAGCGCCUUUAGCGGCUGUCAAUGAGACAGCCACUAGAGGCUCUGGAGGCUGGUUAAACCUCAGUAUAAACAUAGCAGUUUCUCUGAAACUGCUAUGUUUAUAAAAAAAAAGGUUAAUCCUAGAGGGACCUGGCACCCAGACCACUUCAUUAAGCUGAAGUGGUCUGGGUGCCUAGAGUGGUCCUUUAAAUUUCAAAUAAAGAACUUCUUACCCCCCUUUCUUACUCCCCCCUCUUCUUACUUCCCCUUCCCCCUCUUACCCCCUUCUUACUCCCCCUCCUCUUACCCCCCUUUCUUACUCCCCUCCUCUACUCUUCUUACCCAAUUCUCCCCUCUACCCCUUUCUACUUCCCCUCUUCUACCCCCUCCCCUCUUGUUACCCUCCCUUCUUCUACUUCCUCCCCUCUACCCCUUCUACUUCCCCUCUUCUACCCUCCUCUUUGUUAGCCCCCUCCUCUUGUUAGCCCCCUCCCUCUUCUUAACCCUCCUCACCCUCCCCUUCUCUUUCCUCCCCUCACCCUCCCUCUACCCCUCCCCUCUUCUUACUUUUCUCGCUUGCAGUCCGGCAGCCGCGAUAGAGGUGUGACGCCAGUGUGUAUCACCGGUAGUCAGAAACUUCCUGUUCCGCUGAACAGGAGUUUUGCAGCUUUCUGUACUCAAGCCGAUUGACAGGAAGGUGCAUUACUGAGCGUACCUUCCUAUCACUCCGGCCGGCCACCGCGGACUGCAGAGCGGCUCGGCCAAGCUACAGGGGAGGUGAGUACUAAAUGCAGCCGCCUGAGCGCUCUUGACAGAGUGCUCAGGCGGCUGCAGAAUUUAAAGGGCCGGCGUAUAAAACGCACCCACGAUUUCUCCCCUAUUUUCAGGGAGAAAAAGUGCGUGUUAUACGCCGAUAAAUACGGUAGUUAAAUCAGGUCACUCAUUUAACUUAUUUUGUUGCGUUUCUUUUAGCUCCUUCAAUCCCCACAGGCAGGGCAAAAUGUAGCAAUAUAGCCAUUUCUAAGUCAGAAAAUAUCCAUUCUCAAUUCUUGACACUAUAGUCACCAGAACAACUUUAGCUUAAUAAAGCAGUGUUGGUGUAUAGAUCAUACCCCUAAAGUCUCACUGCUCAAUUAUCUGCCAUGUAUGAGCUAAAUUCUUUGUGUAUGCAGCCUUAGUGACACCUCCCUGCAUUAAUGCCUUAAGGAUUAAUGAUGGAAUAAUUCCAUCAUGAAAACACUAUACCAUUUGAACAGGAAAUAUCAAAACGGAAUGCCCCACUCAUUUAAAGUCAGCAAGACUAUAUACAAUUGCUAAUACUAACUAAGCAGAACAUAGUUCAUUGCUCAACAUAAUGACUUAGGGAAUUUACGGACCAGACCAGUGGCGUACAUGCCGGGGUCGUGGCUGCGACCGAGCCCAGCCCACCCAGUAUGUACGCCAGUAUGGCUGGCCCUGGUGUCACCUGGCUGGCGGGCACGUGAGGGAGCACUCUCCCCUGAGCGCUCUCUGCCCAGCUCCUUCACGCGCCGCUUACUGAUGCCGGAGCCGGAAUAUGACAUUGCGAGCCCCCAAAGAGAGCGAGCCAGCCAGCCCGGUGACCAGUCGCCCAGCAACACCACUGGACCCCAGGGAAUCCCCUCAGCUCUCCCAAAGGUAAGGAGGCUGGAGGAUUAAAUAUUAAAGAAACGUGUGUGUUAGUGUUAGAGUGUGUGUGUCUGCUAGUAAGUAUGUUAGUUUUUGUGUGUCUGUUAUUGAGUGUGUGUCUGCUAGUGAGUGUCAGUGUGUUUGUGUUAGUUUGUGUGUCAGUGAGUGUGUGUGUCUGUUACUGAGUGUGUUAGUUUGUGUGUGUCUGUUUGAUGUAUGUUAGUGAGUGUGUGUUUGUCAGUGAGAGUGUAUGUUUUGUAAGUGAGUGUGUCUGUCUGUCAGUGAGUGUGUAUGCAUGUAUGUCGCUGAGUGUGUCUGUCAGUAAAUGACCCCUGCGACCAGGUGCCCGCCACCAUGUGUUCUGGCCCACAGAGAGUAAGCUCGGAGGGCGGGGGGGCACGGAUGAAUUUUCGCACCGGGGCCGCCACUGGGCCAGACAUUGAUUAAAGUAUAACAUAUCAAUCGUGUUUAAGAGGUCAAGUAAGGCUUGUUUACCUUUUACCCAGAACUCACAGCACCUAACCCUGCAGGAUCUGCCCUAAGCAGAGUCUGGGCCCCAUACAGCAUUGAAACAGCUACACCCAGAACUCACAAUACCUUACCCUGCAGGAUCUGCCCUAAGCAGAGUCUGGGCCCCAUACAGCAUUGAAACAGCUACACCCAGAACUCACAAUACCUUACCCUGCAGGAUCUGCCCUAAGCAGUGGUAGCAUUUCUGGAUGAUCAUUUCCUACCCACCCUUCCCCACAACCCACCCUCCCCAUGGUACUCAUUACAUUUAUAGAUAGCUUAAAUUACCUGGCUUUCCUGACAAACCAAUCAUGUCCACCAAGCUCUCCACACCUAAAAUAGCUUAACUCACACAAUGAAUACCUUUUAACCCUUAACCCUCCUAACCUCACCUAUGAUUUUCACAGCUCAAUUUUCCACAUAUUAAAACACAGCACCUACUCUCCUAAUAAUGUUCUCACUUUUAUUUUUCACUUUCUCCCUCACUUCCCUCAUUAUUAAAAUAUCUCUAUUGUUUUACUUACCUGUUCCUUCUGACACCAUCUUCAUUGCUCCCUCUCUACUUCCCUCAUCUCUGUAUUCAUCACAUGCACUUUGCUCUUAUUUUUCCAGCCUUUCUCCACAAACCUAAAUACAAGCUCUCAUCCCAAACAUUUAAAUUUUACUCUCACCUUCUCUUCCUUUCCAUCCUACUGCUCCUGGCAGCUGAUGAUGUCUCUCCAAACCCUGAUCCCUCCUCUAAUGAGAAAAUACGACAAUCUCAUAUCUAUUCUAUGUAGCUCUCACUAUAAUUCCUCCUUUAAAGCUGCCCUCUGGAAUGCACGCUCUGUGUGCAGCACCAUUAAAUCAACUUCCAUCCAUGAACUAUUUAUCUCACACUCCCUAAACCUACUCGGAAAACAUGGCUCUCUCCCUCUGAUACUACUACCCCUGCCUCACUAUCCUUUGGUGGUCUUCACUUUACCCACAACCCAAGACAGGCUGAGAGUAAAGGUGGCGGUGUAAGAUUUCUGCUUUCACCCCACUGCUCCUUUAAACUCUGCCCACACACCCCCUUCCGUCUCUUUCCCAUCAUUUAAAAUUCAUUCGAUUUGCCUUUUCAAACCCUUCUCUGCUAACAUUGCCGUUAUUUAUCUCCACCCUGGUUACCCUCUCCUCUUCCUUGACCACUUUGAUGCCUGGCUAACCUGCUUCCUCUCUUCUAAUAUUCCAUCCCUAAUUCUCUAGGACUUUAAUAUUCUCAUUAACCCACCUUUGACCUCAGCAACCUCUAAACAACUUUCAAUUACUUUCUCCCUUGGGCUAUCGCUGUGGGCUAAUUCUCCCAAGCAUGUAGCGGGCAAUACCCUCAACCUCAUUUUCUCUUAUCUAUGUACAGUAUCUAAUAUCUGCAACACUCAAUUUCCUCUCUCUGAUCACCACCUUUAUCAUUUGCUCUCGAGUACCCCCUCACCCAACAACCUCAGCCUAACCCCCCUCAACUCAGGAGGAACCUUAAUUCUAUUGACCUCCAGCAGCUGUCCGCUGAUAUUCAUUCACAACUGCUAUCAAUCCCUUCCCUCUCCUGUCCCUCACUGGCCAUUUCCACAUAUAACACUACCUUCACAUCUGCCUUGAACGCUGCAGCCCCAAAGGGUCCACAUUUCAUUCAUAGUCCUAUUUUGGACAAUAUCAGCAAAGGCCCUUAUUUCAUAUUUUUGGACAAGCUUUUCAAAUGAUGUAAUAUUUUUUUGUUAAACUAAAUUUUUAUAUGAAAAUAAAUAAUAUAUCAAAUAUAUAUCAAAAUGUUUUUCAAGAAAAUAAAUCAUUUAAAGACCACUUUAAGAUUUCUUUACAUUACUGUUCUAUUUAAUUGGUGUGAUGGAAAAAACAUUUCUGUGGAAAUGUUCAAAAGAACCUUUACUCAAAUUUCUUACAUAUGGAACACAAUUAAGGUUUAGCUUUAUUCUUAUUUAUUUAUUUGCUCAAAUGCAUUAAAGUCAGAUGGGUCAACAGCAUCAUAUAUAAAAUACAUACCUCCCAACAUUGGGGAGUAUGAGCUUUGGAAAGGAGUGGUUGAACCCAAAGGGAAGAAAGUAGAGAAAGGCAUUAAUUAAAAGCAGAUAAGGGUGUCUAUAUUCAAAAAAGGUUCAAAAUUUCAACCCCGAAAUUACAAAUAUGAGCUUAAAAAUGUUACUCCAACCAAAGAGCUGUGUUUUAACAAAAUAUUGUUUUUAGACACUGUAACCUUACGUGCAUACCCCCCUAAAAUAAAUAAAUAAGAGUAGAGCUAAACCUUCAUUGUGUUCCAUAUCUCAGAAUUUUGAGUAAAGGUUUUUUGGAACAUCUCCACAGAAAGGAGACGAAACGUACGUGUGGCAAUUUCCUUGUUGUGCUUCUCAUGAAGAUAUCAUCAUUGACGCCCUCACUUCCUCUGUGAGCAAGCACUCAAAACAAAUGGAGAACAAAAUGGAAGGAAACUAAAGAGAUGUGAGUUCUGAUUUGAAAUGCCGCUGGUAUGUUCUGUUAGCCCCUAAAGCACUUCAUCAAACUAAAGUAAAUUAGAGUGUUCUUUUAAUCUCCAUGUUCUUGACCUUGAUUUUUUUUCAAUACUUUAAUAUUAUAAUUAAUGGGUAAUUCUCAAUUACUAUACAAAGCAAUGUGUCUAGUUUGUAGUCUGCAUUUUAUCUACAUUGAGCACUUUCAGUCCAUGAAUGGCUCACUGUGUAUUGCGGUCUGUAAUAUCUUGCAGGAGAUCGUAUGUUAGAGAAUAUUCCAUCUUGAGUGCUUUUAUUUCGUUUGACUAAUGACUACUAAUGUAAGUAUUUCUUUCCAAUCAAAAUAUACUGUGCAAUACAACUGAGUACAAAAUUAAUUGAUCAAGACAGAGCCAAAACUUCAAAUAAUUCUGUAUUAAUGUUUACUUUAUUAGUAUGGCUCAGGACAAGAAUAAUACGCCAUCAACAGUAAUCAACAGUGUUCAUUGCACAGAUGAAUGGCUGUCAUUUAAUCUCGUUAAUACCAGCUGCUUGUAGCAUGCAUUAGAGAUACAUUCUAUAGUUUGGUGUUAUUCUUAUUACAUCUGAUACGUUGCAGGUCUAUAAAGUAGUUAAAAUCACCCCCACAUUUUUGACAUGUUUCUAAUUGAUGGACUAUAGAUUUUUCUAUGAUUAAUUGGAAACAAUUGAAAUCAGCUGGUCCUUUGAUAGGUCUAUCCACUAAACAGUGAGGGUUUGUUUCUAGUGUUGUCGCUAAAUGUGGUUGUCACUAACCUUAGCUUUCUUUCCCAAGAACAAAAGCUUACUAUUAGUGAUAGGGAAUUACUGGAUGAUUAUAAAGGGAGCCAUUAUUCACUAUUUGCUGACUGAUUUACAACCAUGUCGCUAAAGCUACCAUAGAGUAUAAAGGGAGUCAUUAAUCAUUACUUACUGACUGGUUUUCAAACUUGUCGCUAACGCUUACAUUUUAACACCUGUCUCUGCCUGGUGGAAAGACACAAAAAUAUGAUUUACAGUUGCAUAAGCCCCAUGUAUUCUAUAUCACAUAAAAUUACAUUAACCCCUUAAGGACUGGACUGUUUUUGCGAUGUUGUACAUUUGCGACCAGGCAUAUUUUUACACUUUUGUGGUGUUUGUGUUUGGCUGUAAUUUUCCGCUCUCUCAUUUACUGUUCCCAUACAAAUUAUAUAUUGUUUUUUUCAGGACAAAAGGGGCUUUCUUUACAUACCAUUAUUUAUAUAAUCCCAUGUAUUUUAAUUUAAAGAAAAUAUGAUGAAGAAUUUUAAAAAAUACAUGCUUUUUUGACUUUUACUUGAAAAAUCUUUUACUCAUCUACAAAAGCGAAUGAAAAAAACUGCUAAAAAGAUUCAAAAUUUUGUCCUGAGUUUAAAAAUACCCAGUGUUUACGUGCUUUUUUCUUUUUUUUUUGCAUGUUAUAGGUCUAUAGGUACAAGUAGGAUAUUGCGGUUUCAAAACAUACAUUUUUAAAAUGUAUCAAUAGUGACAUUGUAACACUAUUAUCUGUCAUAAAUCUCUGAAUAACACCACACAUGUACAUAUUUUUUUUAAAGUAGACAACCCAGGGUAUUCAAUAUGGGGUAUGUCCAGUCUUUUUUAGUAGCCACUUAGUCGAAAACACUGGCCAAAGUAAGCAUUCAUAUUUGUUUGUGUGUGAAAAAAGUAAAAAAACUAAAUUGAACACUAAUUUUGGCCAGUGUUUGUGACCAAGUGGUUACUAAAAAAGACUGGACAUACCCCAUUUGCAAUACCUUGGGUUGUCUUCUUUUGCAAAUGGUAUGCCAUCAUGGGGGUAAUUCUCAGUCCUAGGCUACCAUAUGCUCUCAAAGGCAACGUAACCAACCUGGCCAUUUUCAAUGUAAAAAUAUUUGACCCAUAUAUUUGACCCUGUAAUUUUCAAAAAUGCUAUAAAACCUGUACAUGGGGGGUACUGUUUUACUCGUGAGACAUCGCUGAACACAAAUAUUAGUGUUUAAAAACUGGAAAACGUAUCACAACAAUUAUAUCAUCAGUAAAAGUGCUGUUUGUGUGUGAAAAAUGCAAAAAGUCACUUUCACUGACAAUAUCAUCGCUGUGAUAUGUUUUACUGUUUUGAAUCACUAAUAUUUGUGUUCAGCGAAGUCUCCCGAGUAAAACAGUACCCCCCAUGUACAGGUUUUAGGGUGUCGUAGAACGUUACAGGGUAAAAUACAGUGCUAGCAAAUUAAAUUCUCUGGACUUUCGGCCUGGGUUGGCAGGCAGGUCCCUCAAAUUGCAAUCAAUAAAAUUACUUAAUUAUGUAAAAAUAUUACAUAAAUACGCACGUAGAAUUUAAAUAUAUAUGCAUAUUUAUAUAUUUGAAAUCUACGUGCAUAUUUAUAUAAUUGUUUAUGUAAUUUUGUAUAUGGACAUAUGUAUAUUUUGUAUUAUUUUUAUUUAUUUAUAUAUAUACAUAGAUAUAUAUACAAAUUCAUUCUAAGUGUAUUUUGAUAUAAAUAUAUAUAUUAAUUUUAAAAUACAGUUAGAAUAAAAUUUCAUUUAGAUAUAUCAUUUUUUUCAAUUUUUAUUAUUAUUUAAAAAAAAAUAAUUUAAUUUAAAUUACUUAUUAUUUAUAUUUUAUAAUAUAUAUAUAUAUAUAUAUACAAUAUAUAUAGUUAUUAUAUAUAUUAUAUAUAUAUACAUGUGUAAUUUAAUUAUAAGUGUAUUUUUAUAUUAAAAAUAUAUAAAAAUACACUUAGUAUGACGUUAUAUAUAUGAUAUAUAAUUUUUUUUAUUUUUAAUUAACAUUAACUUUUUUUUUUUCUUUUUUUUUUACACUAGCAGGGAGACUGCCUGUCAGCACAGACAGUCCCCCUCUAGGCAGACACAUGGACACCUAUUGUGACCAUGUGAUCGCUGUGUUAAGCGAUCACAUGGCCCCAGGGGUCCUAAUCCAGUGUGGGGAGACUGUCUUGGCUGCAGGCAGUCUCCCCACACCGGGAGCCACGCUGAUCGCCGCCAGGGGAACGACGGCGAUCAGGUAAGUAACUAGGACCGUUAGGACGGUUCAGGACCGUCAUUGGUCGGCAAGGCAAAAAUGCCGAUGACGGUCCUGAACCGUCCUCGGUCCUUAAGGGGUUAAAUCUCCAAGAGCUUAUUAGAUGAUCAGACCAAAUAAAACUGCAAUAGAACAUGUCAAACCAUAAUGAACAAUAUUGAAGCAUAUCAGACCAUGUUAAACCAUAUCAAAGUAAAUGUAUUGAACAGCAGUUGAAAUAAUGGAAAAGGCUAGAUAGAUAAGUUAAGAAAAAAAGUAUUCUUUAUAUAAGUAAAGUGCAUGUUUCAUCUUCAGCUUAAAAAUUUUUACCCACAGGAACAUCACACUGAUAUGUAGCAGACAUAGUACAGAAUCAAACAUAUACAAUUAAACCCUGCGCUUAAACUCCCACUACUCCUGGGCAGCAGCAAUGACAAUAGUAUACAUCUGCCCCAAUACAUACAAUAAAAAACAAAGAAAAGAGAUAUGUGCACACUACCCCAAACCCUUAUGCACCCCAAAUCCCUAUGCACAUUUAAAUAACUGAAAGGUUUUUAGUAUCACUCCAGUGGCCACUUGAGUAUAAGUCGUCAAGGCAAAACCUGUUACAUGAGUACAAAAUCACACUUCAAUACAUAUAACAUACAUGUCCAAAAACUUGUACACCAACAGUUAGGUGGAAAUAAAGCAUAUCGGACAGUAAUAUUGAUUAAUCAAAAUUCUACUUUUAAUCAUAACAAUUCAUGUCUCAAGAGAAAAAAUGUAUUUUAAAUAAAUUUUUUUCAUCAUAUUUAACACAGCAUCGAAAUAAACAUCAACAUAUAUAAGCAUCUUUUAUAUAUGAUGCUUUCAUCACCAAAUAGAGUUUAUUAGUUUGUAACAGAGAGCAAAAGGCAGCUCAUAUGAUGUAAAUUAAAAUCAACUGAUUGUUGCUGUAAGAUACAGUAGAUAAGGCCUCAGCAACCUACUACACAAGUUUCCUUUGCACGGCAUGUAAGGAUGCCAGACCCAAACAGGCUGGGGAGAACUGAACAUCUCAAAUCACUUUCUCCCAGUGUUUGUGAAGUGCUUUGCACUUGACCUCACCCUGUAACUGACCAGCUCGGUCCCAACUGGAUCCAUACAGCCAGACAUACACACUCACACAGAUGCAGAGGAAACAUCCCCUAUAGGCAAAUACUACAAACAGCCCAUUCUCAAACACAUUUACAGAUUCAUAAGCAGCCCCCACAACCCCACUGACAGUCCACAUACACUCACACAAACCCACAGGCAGCCUCCUAUACUCAAUACCCCUCCUAUACUCAAUACACACAACACCCCACACACAAUUCCACAAGCAUCACCCCAUACACACACCACAUUCACACACAAAACAUGAUACACAGCCCACAUUCAUAUGGAGCACACAGUACAACAAACAGGGCUGGACUGGGACAGAAAUUCAGCCCGGGCAAAUAAAGACAGAGCAGCCCACUAUGAGGGGCGGAGCCAGACAGGAGGCGUGUUUGUUAGUGUGAUGCCCUAGUAAAUGUCCUGGAUUUUUAUUUUGUUCAGCGUGAACACGCGCUGCCUUUGCUAGUGAUUUGUCUCUGGUGUCCUCCAUAGUGGGAUACCAGAGAACAAAUGUGGAACAGGACUGUAAAAGUGUGUUGUUUGUAUGCGUGGAUGCUCCCUGUGGUGUUGUAUGUGUCUGGAGAUUGUUUGUGCGAUUGCAUGUGUGUAUAGGAGACUAUUUGUGUUGUAGUUUAUGUGUAAAGGGGUCUGUUUGUGGCGUACUAUGUGUGACUAGGGGCUGUAGUGUGUUCCUGGACUGUAAAGUGUGUGCAUAUUUAUAGGGCGUGUAGAGUGUGUAGGACUAGAAGGUGUUGUGUAUGCGCAUGUGAGGACUUUACUGUGUGUAGCUAGGGGAUGCAGGGGGUUGCAUUGUGUGUAUCUUGGAGCUUUAGUGUGCGUAUGCUUAUAGGGGUUGUAGUGCAGAUGUGUGUAUAGUUGCGGCAAUGAAUGUAUGUAUAGGGGUUUAGGGUGUGUGUAUAGGGGUAUAGUAUGUGCAUAGGUGGAGUAGUGUGUGUGUGUGUAUAGGGGGUGUAGAGUGUGCACAGGGCUAUAGAAUGUAUUUAUAGUGUGUGUACAGAGUGUGUGCAUAGGGGUGUGGUGUGUGUGUACAAGGGAUAUCGCGUGUGUGAGUGCAAGGAGUGUAGUGUAUGUUUAGGGGGUAUAGAGUUUGUGUACUGUGUGUAUAUAAGGGGUAUAGAGUGUGUAGUGUGUGUGUAUAUAACGGGGUGUAGUGUGUGUGUAUAUAAGGGGGUGUAGUGAGUGUAUAUAAGGGGGUGUAAGGAAAUCAAGUAUAGCUGAACCGCUUUGAUAAUUCCUCCUGCAAUGCCAGCGUCUAGGGUAGAUCCAAGCAAUGAAGUCCAUAAGAAAUAUAACAGCUUCCCAAGAUAAUCCCCUUGGUAAAGCAUACGAAUUCCCAAAUAACAGUCAGAGUCCAGAAUCAGGAUACAAGUAGAUCUGAGGUCUGGAAUCUCCAGCCUGCUUUUUAUUUGGGUUACAGACAAAAAAAUACACACCCAGGGGGAGGCAUUAAAUCACCAAUCAGGUACAGGUUACAGCCCCUACCUCCCUCCCCUCUGAUAAACAGUUAACUUCAUUAAAACGUGCACUAUUUUACCCCAGUUCUGGAUGUACCCCAAAAACAGGGGGUACACCUUUAAAUUGGGCACCGCUGGAUAGUGCUCACUUGUGGGGACAAUAUGUCAAAAAAUCAGUCCAUUCGGAUGAAUGGUUCGGGAGUUAUGGAGCACUAAAGUUUUGACCGACCGCACGGAUCAUCUAGCCGAAAAUAGUUCCAUAAGUUUUGGCCCUGCGGUCGGUCUCCGUUUAGGCGAAUAAAAAAGACGAAAGUCCUGCCAUCCGUUCGCAUCUUCGUGGUCGUUGAAAUCCCCAUACGAAGUUGCAUGUAACUACCGAACGGCCGGUGAUUCGGUUUUUCCCGUGCGAAGUUCUGGAUGUAUGGAGGUCUCAGCGGUGUUUGCCUGUUUGCGUAUCCGAUUUUAGUUCCACGCGUUGACGGGCAAACACCGCUGUUCGCACGUAAAAUGGCCGCGACCACGUGUAAAGUGCCGAAAUGGCGGCCACCUAGAUUUUACACGGGGAAUUCGCCUGAAUCCAUCCGAAGGGUAGAAAUUAUAGCUAUAUGCCGAAUUCCAGCUGAAUUGGGUGAAUUAACUGUGCAACAAAGGUAGAAAUCCUGAUGAACGGAGUCAUUUCUUCACACUGCUCCCCUAUAAGUCCAUAGGUCGGCAUACCCGCCUAGACCCUGUCGGGUUGGCUUGGGGAUGUCCGAUGAAAGUAUGUUUUUAGGUGUCCAGUUCGGUCUGGCGGGACAGUCCAUCCGCAUUCCCAUUUUGUUUACCCGGACGGUACUGCAUGGUAAAAUUGUAUGGUUGGAGAGCUAGGCUCCACCGGAGUAGCCUGGGGUUGUCACCAGCUACCCGGUUGAGCCAUACCAGGGGGUUGUGGUCGGUCAUAAGGGUAAACGCUCGCCCAUACAGAUAGGGCUGAAGUUUCUUGAGGGCCCACACGAGGGCCAAGCACUCUUUUUCUAGGGUGGCAUAGCUGACUUCUCGGGGCAAAAGUUUACGGCUGAGGUAUGCCACCGGGUGUUCCAUGCCAUCCGCCCCCACCUGGCUUAGUACGGCUCCCAGCCCAAACAUGGAGGCAUCUGUGUGUACAAGAAAUUGUUUAGUGUAAUCGGGUGCUGCUAACACAGGGGCCUCACUCAAUGCCGCUUUGAGCUUCUGGAAAGCGUCCGUGCACUCUGGGGUCCAGGAGACCUGUUUGGGAAGAGCCUUUUUGGUAAGGUCCGUGAGGGGCUUGGCCAGGGCGCUAUAUUCUGGGACGAACUUUCUAUAAUACCCGGCCGUCCCUAAGAAAGCCAGUACCUGGGUUUUGGUCCGAGGUUGGGGCCAGUUAGCUAUGGCUUCUACCUUAGCGGGCUCUGGGCGUUGUCUACCGGAGCCGACACGGUGGCCUAGAUACUGGACCUCGGCUAGGCCUACGUGACACUUGUCGGGUUUCAAAGUGAGCCCGGCGAGGUGGAUUCGUUCGAGUACCCUGGACACAUGACCCAGAUGGUCUCCCCAUGUGCGGCUAUAGAUGGCAAUAUCAUCUAGAUACGCACAUGCGAAGUCCUGCAACCCCUCCAGGAGCCUAUCCGCCAUCCGCUGAAACGUAGCCGGGGCGUUCUUCAUCCCAAAGGGCAUAACCUUGAAUUGGUAUAGCCCAAACGGGGUGACGAACGCCGACUUGGGGAUGGCCGCAGGCUCCAGGGGGAUCUGCCAAUAACCCUUGCACAGGUCCAGGGUAGUCAAGUAGUUCCCCCCCGCCAUACGAUCUAAGAGCUCAUCUAUUCUAGGCAUGGGGUAGGCAUCGGUUAUGGUACGGUCGUUAAGCCUCCGGUAAUCUACACAGAAGCACGUAGUGCCAUCGCGCUUCGGUACUAGUACCACCGGGGAGGCCCAAGGACUUUGGGAGGGUUCUAUUACCCCUAGCCGUAACAUAUCCCUUAACUCGGUGAGCAUACUCUCACGUACUGCUUCCGGGAUCCGAUAUGGCUGUUGCCGUAGGGGCAUCUCUCCCUGGGUUUCCACACGGUGUACCGCAGCGGAGGUAUAGCCGGGGGUAGCGGAAAACAUCUCUCGGUAUCCCUGCAGCAGAUGGGUAGCCUCACCUUUCUCCAGGAGGUCUAAAUUUUGCCCCAAGCUUACUUGGUCAAUAGUACAGGGGGUGGUCCCCAGUAAGUCAGGCAGGGGAAGCCCUUCACUAUCCUCUGUGGCGGGGGCGCACACGGCGCCCACCUCCUCUGUCCUUUCAAAAUAUGGUUUGAGCAUGUUCACAUGGAAGGCUUUGGUCAGCCUUUCAUCUGAGCAUUUGCUCACGAUGUAGGUAGUCUCGCUAACCUGUUCCACUACCUUAAAGGGUCCCUGCCAGGCUGCUUGUCCUUUUUAACGGGCCUCAGAGCCAGUACCUUCUGCCCUAAGUCCAGCACUCUAUCCUGGGCCCUCCUAUCGUACCACUUUUUCUGGUCCUCCUGGGCCGCCUGCAGGUUCUCCCAGACCCGAUUCGGUGAGGGCCCGCAGACGGUCCCGGAACUCCAGGACAUACUGGACGAUAGGGACUCCCCCCUCAUCUGUAUUGCCCUCCCAGUGUUCCCGUACGAGCUCCAGUGGGCCCCGAACUUUUCUCCCGUACAGGAGUUCGAAGGGGGAAAACCCAGUGGAGGCCUGGGGCACCUCACGGUAGGCAAACAGAAGGUGGGGAAGGAAUUUUUCCUAAUUCUUGUGGGACUCUGUAAAAGUUUUUAGCAUCUGUUUUAGAGUGCCAUUGAAACGUUCACAGAGCCCGUUAGUCUGGGGAUGAUACGGGGCGCUGAACAGGGGCUGCACUCCACAGCUCUGCCACAGUUGUUGCGUCAGGGUAGCUGUGAACUGCGUCCCCCGAUCGGAGAGUAUCUUCUGCGGGAAACCUACUCGGGUGAAUAUCUGAAUAAGGGCCUCUGCCACGGUCUCGGCCUCUAUAUUGGUGAGGGCGACUGCCUCCGGGUAUCUAGUGGCGUAGUCGACCACCGUUAGGAUAAACUUUUUGCCCGACGGGCUGGGGCGACUGAGGGGUCCUAUUAAAUCCACCGCUACUCGGUGGAAGGGCUGUUCGAUGAUGGGUAGGGGGUGAAGCUUAGCCUUCCGAAGGUCUCCCCUUUUUCCUACCCUUUGGCAUACAUCACAUGUCCUACAAUAGUACUUUAGGUCCUGGGUGGCUCUGGGCCAGAAGAAGGUUUGAGUUAACCUGUCUCUGGUCUUUUUGACCCCUAAAUGUCCUGCUAGGGGAAUGUCAUGACUGAGUUUUAACAACUCAGCCCGAAAUUUACGGGGCACAACUAACUGUCUUUUAUGACCUGGGUAGCCCCCUGUCCCACCCCCUCGGUUACCCUAUAUAGCAACCCCUUAUACCACUCAAAUUUUUCGUGCGGGUUGUUCUCGGGGGUAGCGGCCGCGGCCUUCCUAUAGCCUUCUAAUGUGGGGUCAGUACGCUGUUCCUGUUCAAACCCCUGGGGGGUAUCCCAGAAGGGUACGGGGGGAUCGGGUAAAGGGGGUAUUUCGACUCUUACCUGGUUCUCCUCAGAGUGCAGCGGAGCUUCCAGUCUGGCUUGAGCUCGGGUGGUAACCGGGUAGGCCUCGGCAGGGGGGUCUCGGGCUAGUUGGGAGGUUAGGCAUCCCACAUCAUUUCCCAACAAAACCUCGGCGGGCAGUUCUUGCAUAAUCCCCACCUCCAGUUGUUUAGACCCGGAACCCCAAUCAACAAACAUAUUAGCGGUGGGCAGUUUGUGAAUAGCGCCCCCAGCCACCCUUACAGCGACUGUGCGUCCGGUGCGAGCUUGUGCUCUGACCGUGUGGGGCUGUACCACAGUCAAAGUAGCCCCAGAGUCUCUCAGCGCCCGGGCCCCCACGCCAUCGACGGUAAUCCAUUGGCGGUGGUGGUCCCGGUUGUCCCCCCAGCUUGUACUGGAUUGACCUCAUGUAAUACGCUCCACUGUUCUUCGUGGUUAAGGGCAGGGCCUGUGUGUUCCUGUUGCACACAGUGAGCAGCUGCCCUGGGUUGUUGUGGGGCUGGCCGUUCCCAGCUUCCCCGGUUUAAGCGAGGGCACUGAUGCUUGUAAUGUCCUGGUUGCUUGCAGUAGUGACACACUGCAGGAGGUCGAGGUGUGUUUGCUGGGUUCGGUAGGGGGUUACCUAUGGCAGGUCUAGGUGGAGCCGGGUUUGUUGGAGCUGUGUACUGAGGCUUAAAUGGUGGUCUGCUCGCCCCUGGCUCCUUCCUCCUGUUAUCCUGGUACUCGUCCGCUAGCCUAGCGGCCUCCUCCACGGUUUUUGGUUUCCUAUCUUUUACCCAGUCUUUUAUGUCCUCUGCAGUAUGAUUAAAAAAUUGCUCCAGUAUCACUAGUUGCAAAGCUUCUUCUAGGGUGGUUGCCUGGCAGCCCUUCAUCCAAUUGCGGGCUGCCCGCUGCAGGCGAAAAGCCCAUUCCGUAUGGGAAUCUCUCCCAGUCUUUCUCAGGUCUCUAAACUUUUUCCGGUAUGCCUCCGGAGUUACCGCAUAUCUGGCCAACAAAAUGUCUUUUAUUUUCUCAUAAUUAUGUAUGUCCCCCUCAGGUACUGCUCGCAGCGCCUCGGCUGCUCUACCUGACAAUUUACUGCUGACGACUGCAGCCCAUUUGGUGGAGUCUAAUCCCUCCAGUGCACACUGACGUUCAAAGUCUUGCAAGUAACUGUCAAUUUCCAUUUCAUUGUCAACAAAUGAUUUAAACGCUGCAUAAUUUACCUUCUUUGGUAUUUCCCCAAUACUUCUCGGGGGGUGUAGCAAAUCCCCCUGUGACGCUCUGUCCCGGUCAUCUCGCUCUUUUUGCGCUUGUCUGGCUUGUGCUACGACCUGCAGUAUCGCCUCUGAGGAUGGAUUGGGUCCCAAUAAACUGAGUGUCCAUCGGAUGUCCUUUUGCAUCACGGUUUCUUCCUCUUGGUCCAUCUCUAUAUUACUGGUAUUAUCGCUCUGCAUUAACUCCGCAAUUAUCGUGGCUUUUGUUUUGUUACUUGCCACUCUGCCUCGAGCUUCCAGUAAGUCCUUUAGCGUGGUUCUUUUAAGUAGCUGGUACUGCUGAGCCAUUCAUUCCUUUGCUUGUUUUGAAAUGUCCAUUUGGGAUUCGAAUCCCUCCGCUUGCCACCAGUUGUAAGGAAAUCAAGUAUAGCUGAACCGCUUUGAUAAUUCCUCCUGCAAUGCCAGCGUCUAGGGUAGUUCCAAGCAAUGAAGUCCAUAAGAAAUAUAACAGCUUCCCAAGAUAAUCCCCUUGGUAAAGCAUACGAAUUCCCAAAUAACAGUCAGAGUCCAGAAUCAGGAUACAAGUAGAUCUGAGGUCUGGAAUCUCCAGCCUGCUUUUUAUUAGGGUUACAGACAAAAAAAAUACACACCCAGGGGGAGGCAUUAAAUCACCAAUCAGGUACAGGUUACAGCCCCUACCUCCCUCCCCUCUGAUAAACAGUUAACUUCAUUAAAACGUGCACUAUUUUACCCCAGUUCUAGAUGUACCCCAAAAACAGGGGGUACACCUUUAAAUUGGGCACCGCUGGAUAGUGCUCACUUGUGGGGACAAUAUGUCAAAAAAUCAGUCCAUUCGGAUGAAUGGUUCGGGAGUUAUGGAGCACUAAAGUUUUGGCGAAUAAAAAAGACGAAAGUCCUGCCAUCCGUUCGCAUCUUCGUGGUCGUUGAAAUCCCCAUACGAAGUUGCAUGUAACUACCGAACGGCCGGUGAUUCGGUUUUUCCCGUGCGAAGUUCUGGAUGUAUGGAGGUCUCAGCGGUGUUUGCCUGUUUGCGUAUCCGAUUUUAGUUCCACGCGUUGACGGGCAAACACCGCUGUUCGCACGUAAAAUGGCCGCGACCACGUGUAAAGUGCCGAAAUGGCGGCCACCUAGAGUUUACACGGGGAAUUCGCCUGAAUCCAUCCGAAGGGUAGAAAUUAUAGCUAUAUGCCGAAUUCCAGCUGAAUUGGGUGAAUUAACUGUGCAACAAAGGUAGAAAUCCUGAUGAACGGAGUCAUUUCUUCACAGGGGGUAUAGUGUGUGUGUGUGUGUGUGUGUGUGUGUGUGUGUAUAAGGGGGUGUAGUGAGUGUAUAUAACUGGGUGUAGGGGGGUGUAUAUAAGGGGGUGUAGUGAGUGUAUAUAAAGGUGUAGUGUGUGCAAGUGCAGGUGAUAGGAUAGUGGCUUCUUUAAUUAAUUUAACAAUAAUAUAUUACAUUUACUCCCCCUCCCCCUGGUGUUCCCUGGUGGUCCAGUGAGAGCGGGGGCAAGCUGACAUACCGCAAAAUGAUCCCUAGUGGUCACGUGGUCUGGUUAUUUGGUCUGUACCUCCGCUGGGUACAGACCAUGUCUCUGACUCUCGCGGUCGCCGGUAUUACAGAACGUUGCCGCGGGUUACCACGGCAAUGUUCUUUUAAUAUCGGCACUCGCCAGACACAGGCUGCCCAGCUUCAUGUCUGGAUUAUCUUCCACUCAGGUACCAGCCCGCGAAUCUCUCCUCAGGCCCAUGAAGGGACCAUGGUCCCUCUUAGGGCCGUUGCUGCCCUGCAUGGGCCUGCAGGAGAAAUACAUUGAUCGGCCAUCGGGCCUGACCACAAACUGCUCUUUCACAUACACAUUAUAACAACACACGCAAAAUACAGCAACAUACACACAUAUUAUUUUUUUAAAUAGGACCAGCAUGCCAGUGGACUUCAAAGUCUUCUUUUAGCACAGGGUUGCUAAAAGGGUGCCUUGCACUGCACUAGAUAAACAUCCAGGAAUAGUAAUCUGCCUCAUUGGAGCAUCCCACAUUGUAGACGUAUGGGCCAAUACCUUAUAGCAUUAUUUAACAUUAACCAUAAUGUGGCUUAAACUUGGACUAAGCAUAACCUGGACAAGACUUGCUAGAAUCAUCUUUUACUUAGUAAAAAAAAAAAAAAACACAUAAUUUGUUAAGUGGCAUAGACAUUGCCUCUGCCUAAUUCAGCUACACUUGGAAGUCUUUUUUUAAUGACCCAUGAUGUUUAAAUAUUAACAGCUCAUAGGCUGGCUGAGCUCAGCUGGUGUAUUUGUUUCCCUGGCCUUGUGCUAAGGUGUAAAACUACAUUUAUAGAUGUAAACCGUGACACUGGAAUGUAAGAGAGGAACUUCAUUGUGACCUCAUUCACCUAUUAAUAUGAGACAUGCAAGCUUUGCAGCACCAAUAGAACAAUACCUGUGUUGGUAGUUAAAUGACAGAUUACUCUUUAAUCUGACUAUUACUUUGUACAUCCCCUGGCUUAACCCCACUCCUGAUAAUUGCAGAUACCAGUUCAGUUACUGCUACAAAGAGCUACCACUUUCAAACUGUAUUGAGUGCAGGGGAUCAUAUACUUCAUUACUGAAUUUCCACUAAUUGGUGGCUUGCAGGCUAAUGGAAUUUUUGAGGCAUGUCUGUACCAUGCUGGCCACUGACAAAUUUAUUUACAUUUAAAUAGCAACUGGAUCUAAGGUGCAGAGUCUUGCUGUAAAUGAAACAUUUUGUUGUUAAAUAACAUUAUGUGGGUAUGGACUAAUACUCUGUCCUUGGUAUAUUUAUUUUAAUUUUCUUCUUUUGAUUCUCUUGAAUGCAUUAUCUUUCUUUUAAUCUGAACACAGAGUACAGAGGUUAAGGAAAUUAACAAAGAUAUUUAAGGGAGAGAAUGUCAGGUUACUCUCUGUAGGAUUGGGGGGUAACCCCUAGAGCUAAUAACUUGCACAUAAACAAAAGUAAAUGGGGGGUGGGGGGAAGGGACAUACAAAACCCCUAUAUGAAAAAGAGUAACCCAUGUACAAAACUUUACUUUUAUGUAAGUCCUUAUAAAAACAUAAAUCUAAUAAUUAUAUAUUUUAUAAAAUCCCUAUGUAUAAGAGACAUAGUAAAAUAGAAUUACUGUUUAGAAGUCAUGUCUGUAUCUUAGUACAGAAUAGCUGUUAGAUGUAGACUACAGUAGACUUGGAUAAGUAGAGAAAUAAUUAAAUAUGGAUACACAUAUAUCUGGUUAUAAUGUGUAUAAAAGAAAACAAAAUCAGAUGUAAGUAGAGCAAACAAAUGCGUAGUGGCAAAGUAUGACACUCAAGAAACUAUAAGGAUAUAGAAGCGAGAGGGGGAUAUUUGCUAAACUGGUAUAGUAUUAUAUAGUUAGAAAAGUCUAUCAAAAUAGGGGUAGAUAUGUAUAUGAUAAGUCUAACAAGUUAUAUAGCUAUAGCAAUACCGCUGUGCCUUUGAGGGAACCCCUUUAAAAAAGCUAACCUCCCAUUUGGUUUAUAUUAGUGGUGAAGCAGAGAACUAAGUACUAGCUAUUCCCAACCCCUAAAUAGUGAAGAAAAUAACAAAAAAGGAAAAAGAGAAAGUUGAGGAAUUGUUUUAUAAACAAAAGGACAUUCUGAUAUAACAUUAUUAGAGGUAAAAUAACAUGUCAGAUUAACAGGCUCCACAAUUUUGAUAUGUUUACAUAGUAAAGGAAGAGGCGAUUUUGUUAUUCGGCUCAUUUCUGCUCAUUAAAUUGUCUUUAUUCCUUCUUCUAAUUGUGUCUUUUUUACUCUGUAUGAUUGUUUGCAGGGUUUUACAAACUCUGACCCUCCAGAUGGUGCUGAACUACAACUCCCAUGAUUCUUUGAUGAAAUAGAUAGCCAGAGAAUCAUGGGAGUUGUAGUUCAGCAAUGUCUGGAGGGUCAGAGUUUGGAGAACCCUCUUUUAAAGAGUCAGCCUAAGCACCAUCACAACAUUGUUGAUGGUGCAUGGAGAUGGUGCACAACCACAACAAAUCCUAAACUUGCUCAGAGAGAAGUAACGUGGGACCCAGGUUAGAGGGCAAACCAUUGGUAAACUGUUUGCCCCACCACAGGGGAAUCGGCCAGGGUACUCCUGUUAUCAUAACCACUACAUCAGGAUGCAGUUGUUAUGAUACUUGAAGGUACCUUUUACUCUGGCUUCAUAAACAUAUAGGAUGAUUUUAGGAUGAAUGUCCCAGAGCAUUUGACGUGUUACCCCCGGUUACUCAUUUAGUCCCCUGAUUUGUGAAUAAAAUUAUUGUUAUAGUAUUGCAUGGAAUAUUAGACAGUUACCUGUCAGGUCUCCUUGUCAUUUCUCACAUUUACUAGAACUCUCAUUUAUGGAAUAACACAUGCCAUUGCCAAUUCCAUACUUCCCUUCUAGCAGAGACUGACCCUUUGGUGCACUGUCUCUUUACUCCUCUGUUCUAGCUCAAACACUUUUCUGUUUGACAUUUGCAGCUCUCUGUUAAGCUUCACUUGUCCCAGAAUCCUUUUUUCAUUGCUUACUUGGACUGUGUUCCUGGAGAAUGAGUGUGUAUGUCUUCUCUGCUUGGAGUGGUUCAAUGUUAAUCCUUUCCUUUUAGAGCUAGACAGUGUUAUAUUCUGUAAAUAUCACCUUUAAAACCUUGUCACUUAAUAUACAUAAAAUAUGCAGAUGGCCAAUGAUUAGCAGAUUUAUUCACACCAUUUCUUUCAGAGUGUUGCUUUCGACAUUGUGCUAUGUUGGAAUAGUGCUUUAUUAGUAACUGGAAAAAAUAUGUAUCUCAUAUUUAAAAUGCAAUUAUUAGUAUAAAAUGUGAAUAGUUCAUAUUUGUUUCUGAUAAAAUUGUGUUUAUUUGCAAUAGAAUCAUUCCAUUUUGUAUAAACAAUUUUAAAUGGAGAUGAUAUAGAAAAUAGAAAUGGGCUAUGUAUGAAAGAAUAUUUUAACUUUUAAUCAAUAAUUCUUCAGGAUUAUAUUUUAAAAAGAAAAAUAUGACUUGAUGUUACAUAUCUUUUAGUUAUACAUUGCACUUGUUAUAUUGCUAUUAAAGGGAUAUUAUAGUGACAGGAAUACAAAGCUGUAUUCCUAGCACCAGGGCCGCCACCAGAAAUUUUGGGGUCCCUGACAAAGCAGUAAUGUCCAUGGUGGUCCAGUGGUAUACCUAUCUGGUCUGCAGUUACGCCGGGUGCAGAGCUGCAGACCACGUGAUAGGUGUCUUGCGAGCUUUGGAAGUGUCAGAGCGUUGCCGUGGCAACACUCUGAUCGGCUGAGAUCGCACCACUGGCGGAGCUGCAGAAUGGAGGUGCAGUGCUUACUCCACAUGGGCAUAGUGAGUGGAGGGGACACGCACCCGGCGGCAUACAGGUUAAGCAACCAGGCCCACCCCUGGUUUCGGGAUAGAGCCCGACAUGUUAUUCUACCCUAAAGCGAGUUUAGGGAGCCUGCUCAGUUUGCCCUUUUUAAAGGGCAAGCACCCCCCUUUCUGCCUCCAGGUUCCCACUGUUUUAAACAGGGCUGGAUGAAAAUAAUAUCUGACAAAUUAACUAGCAAACCUUUCUUUCUCUUUUAGUUAAUACAUGGUUGUAUCAAAAAAUAUGCAUGCACAGGUGGCUGACUGAAAUCAGACAGAUAAUUUUCAUGUAAGUAACUUAACACUCCUGGCACCAUAACAACUUAUUUGAAGUGAAGUUGUUAUGGUGCCUAGAGGUCCCUGGCACUUUCUUACCUGAAGGGGUUAAACCGUUCUCUAAUCGUUUAAACCCAAAAGUUGCUCUCCAGCACCAGAUCUCCCUUUUACAAACAGCAUCUGGAUUCUUUAAUUGACUUUCAGGAAGCACAGAGUGCCGCCAGGCAAGGGCGCCACUGAUUGGCUAGAAUAAUUGGCAGAUCAGUAGCUCUUCAUUUGUAAAAAAAAAAAAAGUACAUAUUGGACUUUUUGCAAUUCAUAUGGAGUUAUUAUCACAUUUAGUCAUUGUUUCAGGUAUUGCAGUACUAGUUUUGUUAAAAGUAAACUAGAUAUGAUAAGAGCUUUGCUCCUCCACCCUCUGCUGCAUGUGGUCCUGUUUGGGAAACUUUCCUCAACAGGAAAAUCCUUUUUAGUAAUAUAAACGUGCUGACUUCACUGCCAGCACAUCUCUGACAGAACUUGUUAUACUCCCCUUGCAAGCAUAAAAAAUGCUUGUGACAUGGAUAGGAAAGCUGUCUUGGGAAUGCAGGCCACAGUCCUGAUUUAGGCGUGACAGUCCCAAUUUCAGGUUCCAGUCCUGCAAUACCGAUUUAGUUACCUGGUAUCCAAUAUCCAGGUGCACCAUAAAACUGAACUCAUCCAAUGAACGAGCAUCAGGAUCAACAGCUCUGCAGAAGUCGUAUGUUGUAAGCCUACCUGAACGGCAGAACCUGCUCAUGGCUGCUGUGCCUGACUGGGACUAUUGUAAAUGGUUUCUAGAUUACUAGGGAAUGGCACAAGUGUACUUCUACCAUCAAACCCAUUCACCCUUUAAUGCAAAAGGGUAUUUUUUAAUUGUUUUUUUAACAAUCAAAAUAAUGCGUAUAGCAAGGUUUUAACACAGAAAUUAAACAAUUUUUACAGCAAGCUACAUACAUUUUGGAUUUUUAAAUUUUUUUUUUUUUUAAUCAGAGUUAAUGAGAUUUAAAUACGUGAAAUUUGUUUACUAAACACUAGUCAGUAUUUGGACUUGUAUGAAAUCUCUCACCUGUAUGUUUCCCUAGCAACAUUUUACAAUACAUUAUAGUUUUUAUACUUUUCUUUAUCACAUUAUGAUAGUGUCCUUUAAAUGCAACCGGAAACAUAUUGCUGUUUUUUGGUGAGGUGGCAUAUGCUCUUAUAAAAAAAAAAAAAAGCAAUUCAUUAUAUUGUUUAACUAAAUAGUGAUAAAUCUUAAAUUCACCUUUCCAUGUUUCAUAGUAAAUAACACAAAAAACCCUGCCUUAAACCUUCUCUUUUGAUUUUGGGACAAUGUUGAAAGAAUUCUUGAAUUCCAGAUAGUAACACUGUCUGGUUAAUAGGAUCCUAAGAAAAAAACCCAUUGAUCUUCAGAACAGAAGUGACUGCAGUUCAAAAUUUCCUUCUCCUCGUAAACUUGUGAAAGGAAUUUAUUGAGCUAUGAUAAUCAUCCAAAUGCUAGGAGACCUUUUGCACAGCAGCACAACUGACUGCUGUGCAAGAUUUUCCCACACCAGAAUAAAUUUGCAGGAAUAGAGUUUUUGUAGACAGUAAUUAUAUACAAACAGCCAUUUGGUGUGAAUAUAGAAGUUACAGACAGAGGUUGAAGAGUGAGGUUAGAGCGAUAACAGUUUUAGUGUUUAUAUGAUGUAGUGCAAUCAAGUGAUUUAAAGUUGUCAUGGUGGAAGAAGUUAGUAUGUGCAGUGUUUCAGCUUAAAAUACUGCACAUGCUGAGUUAUUUUUAUUGUGUAGCGAUAAUAUGAUUCUAAGGCACACCAAAAUUUGCACAUAAAAAAGUGUUUCUUCACGCAUAGAAAAUACAUCAAUAGUUUUUGAAAGGGGGCGUGGUUUGGCGCGCAGGCAAGAUGGCUGCUUGAGACCUGUGCUCCUAAUACCGGGUCCCGUUUAACGUAGCUAACCUACCUGGUCCAGAUGGGCCACACACGCAAGUCCUAUCCCCACCAGCCACCACGCAGUACUCCAACACCUUCCUGGGCCGGACUGAUGGACGAGUUCAUGUCCACGCCAGCGGAGCUCGCGAGAUCCGCGGACACACACCACGUGGAAGUCUCUUCGGAACCUGACAGCCUGGGACCCUCCGAGCUCAGCGAGACGUCUUCGUCCUACCCCAUGUCACAGCUGAGGGCUGACCUGCGCACCAUCUCACAGGCAAUGUUCACCAAGGCGGACGCAGGGGCUCUGGAGGCCUCCCAUAACGGUACCAUAUGUGCAGAAUAGCAGUGAUCAGGCAGAAUGUCUCUUCCCUCCAGGCCAGGGUGACCACACUAGAGGCUUCAGCCACCACUUCCACCCAGCGACACAAAGCUGCUGAACUAGCAGCCACAAAGCAGGAAAACAUGCUGCUGGAUGUACGGAGGCAGGUAGAAGACCUGGACAAUAGGGGCAGGAGAAGCAAUAUUUGGAUCCAUGGCCUACCUGACAGCGUGCAGGGGGAGCCGCUUGAGACCACACUGCAAGCACUCUUCAAUUUUAUCCUGGGAAAUGACGACUGUAACGGAUCACCUGGCACCCCGACUGGGUACCUCAGUUGAAGGAUGCUCCUAGCGCUUCCUGAGGACUCCAAGCACUCUGGCAGACACCACAAUCACUGAAUCAGAGAAGCAUAUAUCUUCUCUCAAGCAUAUGAAUGCUAUAAACAGCUGAAUAGGCAAAAACCAUACAGAUGGGUUUAGACUCCUAGCAGUCAAACUGGAACAGCAUACAAUAAAUCCUUCCCCAAUAAUGAGACGACACUUCACUUUGAGGGCUAAGCAGGAACUGACUGAACUGGCACAUACAGCCUCUUUUAUUCCCAAUCCACAAACUUAGUACUGCCCACAUGGUUUUACAGAACAACCAAUAACACACGUACAUUACAGAAAGACACUCCCACACAAAAUCCUCCCCUCUGCCUGUGAUACAAUUACCCUACACAAUGGGUAAUCUAAUUAUCACAGAUAGAGAAAUACAGUUUCAUAAAACACAUCACAGGGACCCCCAAAACAUGCAAUAACCCCAUAACAAGUAUAUCCUUGGAACCGGGGGAUCUGGGUAAACCACAUAUCCGAAAUUUACCCAGAUCCGUUCAGUACUUUGGAAGAUACAGUUUAAUGCAGAUUCUGCAGAACAUAUACAGGCUAAAUGAAAAACAAUCACUGUAUAAUGUGUCCCCUGCUGUAUAGUCCAAAACCACUGCACGAUGUCUCUGUGCACCAAAUAAAAUGGCCGCCAUCCAUUGUUCUCACCAUGUGCUUCAUCCAUUGUUCUCACCAUGUGCCUCUGAUACAGGAAAUGGUGGCCACCAGUAACUCCACAGUAUGUCCCCAGAUGGUUCUUAAAGGGCCAGCAGCAGCACAACACAAAUCCCUUAUGCCCAAAUCAUGUCUUUAAACAGCAAUACAUCACAGGGGCCAUAGUCACAUGGCAGGAGGCGGGCAAUCAGUCUUCUCUAAUGCCCAGUGGCGAGGUCGGUUUCGCCACAACGACGUAUAAAAAAAACGUAUAAUGCGCCAGCUGGCCAGGCCACACCCCACAGAUCAGAGGAAUGGGAGCGCUGAGUUUCACCUAGGAGCUGUGAACCAAGUUACCAAGUCACAGGUCUGGGGGUUGUUGUUGGUUGGGGGGAUGCUUCAGGGAGGAGAGGGUAUGUUGGGGACUGCUGCCACACUGGUGACAUUCAAGCCUACUUUCCAGACCUAUGAAUCGGUGCAGUCGUUACACCUAUACCCCUAUGUGCACGCAAUUUAGUGGCUAUCCGGGAUGCGGGGUCUGGGAUGCGGGGUCUGGGAACCUGCCCCAGGGACACUACUAGGGGUCUAGCUACACAACUGUCCUCGUGGGUGGGGUCUCUGGACUUCUAGUUUUGGGUGGUCGGGAGCUCUGGAAUGGCAAAGCAGGGUUUGGGGUGGGGGCGGCAGUCCGCCAGCUGAGGGGAGUCUGGGUGCCGAUGGGGGUGUCCCUGACGGGGGUGGCACAGGGUGUCUCCCAGGCUGUGUGGGGGUCUGUACCUGGGCUGCAAAUAUUUCCGCUGGCCCCCUGUGGGGGGGCCUCGGGGUCAACCCCUGGGGCACCUCUAGGGAUGAGCCGAUGUGACCUGCGUGCCUCAUGGGUGGAUGCCCGUGGCCCUCUGCCUUGGGGGGAUGGUGAGCAUGGGAGGGGAUGUGCCCUGAGGGGUCAGGCCUUACCUAGACAGGGGUGGAGUGCUGGUACCCUGGGCUCCCCUUCACUCACCUGAACAAGACUGCCCACGGGGAGUACGCCUGACCAUGACAGUGCUCAUCGGUUAUUAUUUGAAUAUUAGUUUCACUUAUGCUUUAUCCUCCCGCUGCUUCCCCCCCGUAUUCCUAAUUCCUAUUUGCACAUAACGCCAAACAGCGGUGCACACUAACUGACAAAGUGGAAAGUUGUACCGCGUUGCAAGUUAAUCAUUGACAGGAGUGGUGCUAAACUGCGGAUGACACGAUUCGGACUUUCGGGGUGGGGGCGGGGGCGCCUCUGGGAGUCUAGGUAUGCAUCACGUGUUGUAUAGUAGGACACACAGUUACCCGAUAUCGUGGUGUCCUCCCCCCCUCCCUGACUCUGGCGGGUGCCCCAACACGGAGCCACCCCAACUUCACUAUACCGAACCACAUGACACACAGGUGGCCUUGGGUGGGCACAUGCUACGCCUUCCAGAUACUUCUUGGCAACCCUGAGGCCAACAUAUAGGGGGGUCUAUGUAUAACUCACAUCCACAUCUGAUUGAUGACAUCUGGACCGGGGGUUACACACCGGCUGGGACUACCGGGGUGGGAGACUGAACCGACACGGCUGAAACUAGCACCUGACAAUUGGAUACGACAAACCGGGUAAGGGGAAUAGUCCGAGCGUCUGGCCGUGCAUCCCUAGGGGACGCUAACGUGGGAGGAGUGAUGAACCUUUGCACGGGCACUGAUUGGACUGCCAUCCUAAUAUUGGUGGUCCCCAGUGAACCGGGCAGACACGUGUUGUCCAUUGGGCACCUAAAGUGCCUACUACAUUUAUAAAUAUUGUACUUUCUUCCCUGCUUCCUCCUUUCAACUGUUUCUUUUCCCCUCUUUGUCUACCCCUCCUCUAUCCCUCUUCCUUAUUCCAACUCAUCUCCACAGGUCUGGAGCAUGGCGUCCCUGGCCUUUGCGUCGCUCCCGCUACAUGUCCGCAUGCUCAACGUGCAGGGCCCUAACGUCCCCGAACACCGCUCCAGAUUGCUGAGGGAACUGUGGUCUUUCCGGACGUCUGUUGCAAUGAUACAGGAGACACACUUCAAGCCGGGAUCAGCACCAGCGCUGAAAGACAGGAGGUUCCCUACUGGCUACUUCGCAUUACACUCUCGGGGCAAAAAAGCAGGGGUGGCGAUACUAUUCUCACAAGGGACCCCGUUCGUCCUCAUAGAUCGUGAGAUGGACCCUCAGGGAGGAUACCUUUUUGUGAAAGGGCGUAUCAACUCACAGCUUUACACUUUCGCCACGAUAUAUGCCCCCAACUACUGCCAACACACAUUCAUCACAAAGACGCUGCUGGAAAAUUUCUCAGAAGGGCUAUUGAUAUUGGGAGGUGACCUCAACGUGUAAGUAGACCCUUCCAUGGACACGUCAAGGGGAAGGAGUGCGACUACAUAUCCGCGUAUUAGAUGUAUCAAAAAAGCCUUGCGGACUUUACACUUAGUAGACUGCUGACAAGCUGACAUCCGGAGACAAGGGACUACUCCUAUUAUUCGGCGGUGCAUAGAUCAUACACUAGAAUAGACUACCUCUUUCUCCCCCAAACUUACUUGACCUUACUCCAAGACUCGACCAUCGGACACAUCACAUGGUCUGACCAUGCACCGGUGUCACUCCGGAUGGCCUCCCCCCUUUUUAAACCAAGGGAACGAACAUGGCGCCUGAACGAGUCAUUACUGAUGGACGACGAAGUCCGGACCACGGCUCGAGAAACCUUGACUAACUACUUCAAGGAAAACAUCCAUCCAGUUCCAACCCAGCCUGUUCCUCACCCCCUUCUCUCUAUCACUAAUUUCACUGUGCCUCUCCUUCUCCCCUCUAUCUCUUCCUUCACAUACGUACAGCCGGAACUUACCUAAUGACCCUACCUAAUAGGGUACAUCCACCUUUUCGAUAACUCAAUCCAUGGCUGACACUCUGAUAGUGACAAUCCGACCAAUGGUACCAGCACGGCAUCUCACUCCUCCACAUAGUGGGGACUCUAUCUCAGGGUGCGUAAACUGGAGGCAAACAUACCAUGCACGAACGGGUUAGACAGAUACAUAACGCAUAUGACAUAGGACAGACAAUAGGUAGAGAGAACAGACGAGUUGAUACCGAAGAAGACAGGCUACCCACAUGACCCGCACUACACCGGGACACCUGACACACGCUACAAACAAACACAGGGAAAGGUUGCUGCAUCUCUCUUGCAGAGAAAAUUUGCCGGUAUUUCGGUUGUGAACUGCCCUUAUGGGUGGGAUCAGUCUGAUAUGCCUUGGAAUAGUUUCUAUCUGCAAUUGAGCAAAAAAUAUUUUGAGACCUGAGCAAGAUUUUACCGAAAAGCAAGCUAUUGAGUUUCUCUAAGCUUUUGUCUGUUCUCAGAGUUAUCAUAUUCUUUUUAAAUAUUAGAUCAGUCUUAAUUCUUUUUGCUAUGUGCCAAUUAAUGAUGGCAUUGUGUUAUGGGUAAACAUAUAUAUUUUACACAAAUCCCCAAACCGUGCUUGGUACAAUUAUGCACACUUACUGUAUUCAGGGACAGAGUAAGAGCUUAUUGGACCUGGUGCUUACAAUUACGACGGGCCUAAUUACAGAAUCUUAUUGACAGAAAACACUAAAACAGUUAAAUCUUCGUCAUGUAUCUGGUGGAGGUGGUGCUGGAGGGAAACUCACAGGAUAUAGCUAUCAGAAAACACAUACUCUAUGCUAAUCUCUCACAUUCAUCUCACAAGCAAAUCCAUACCCUAUAACAGCAGUGUCUGGUGAAGCGGGACGUUGGUGGGUGGGGUAAAAGGGUGGGCAACUGACAUGAAUCGUGUAACCAAGACCGUCCAAAGGGGCAGACAUGGGGCUGUAGAUUUAAUCCAGCCCUGACUUUAUCCAUCUAUAUUACAAACAGGUAAGGUAGGUAUAGGUGUUAAAUGCAUGAAAGCAACACCAGCUCAUCUAUAAACUAGAUGCCAAUGUACAAAAAGCACUGUGUCGAGCAAGGCAGUAUCAGUAGAUUUUAAAUGCUCUGCAAUUCCAGCUGAUGUGACAUGCAACAAACAAAAACACAUAUACAUAAAUACAUACACACACAGGUACAAAAGUAUCCUAUAAAAAAAAAUAGAAGAACUAACAUCAGACAGCCUCAGUAUAUGUGAGGUGAAUGUGCUGGUUUGUUUGAAAACUCUGACGUAUUGAAGUGAUUAGUUGAGAAACAUCCUUAAGGUGGUUUCCUGGCUUCUGGGCGCCUAGAUUUUAUUGAGAGCUAAACAAUAGAAGUAACUGAUAACCACACAAGCACUGAUGAUAUACUAAUAGUUAAUUUCCUGUUUUUGUUGUGGUUUUUCACAGUUUCAGGAAAAUCACCAGCAAUAUUUGAAAAGACCUUAAGACAUUUAAAGAGACAGUAAGACAUCAGCCGAAUAACAAACUAGUUGGCAAUAUGAGUGUAGUUAUGCACUGAAAAGGGUAAAACCAGUGCAAUAAAUAUGAAGAUUGCUUGCAGGUAUCCCAGGUGCCAAAUCUACCCACAUAUUUUACAGCUUGGAUUUCAUUCCCUUAACUAAUAGUUAUGAUAUUUGGAGUAAUACUUUAAGUUAGCUGCUAAUAUAUAAUAAUACAAUAAUUAUAAUCAUUUUAUAAACUGUUAUCUCUGUGUGGUGCUUAGAGCUGUUUCAAUGUCUGCUUUCAGUUUUGCUUUUUAAAAGAUCAUACAAAGAGCAAAUUAAGUUAAAUAAAUGGGCAGAACGAGGAGUAAAUUCUUGAUCGACUUAUUUCAGUGAGAUGAAUAUUUGAGAUUAGGUGAGUCUUAUGCCUUUUCGAUAGUUUCUAGUUAUGUGUUAUCUUGGUCUAAAUAAAACACAGAGCUCCUAAUAAGGAAUAGCAUGUCUACAUGCAGAGCACUUUUGCUGUAUAAGCACGAUGGGUGCUGAUAAAUAAGCACUAGGCUUGCUGACCAAGUACAGGGAGAUGGAAUGCAGCUGGUGGAGAGAAUGAGGAACAUAUGUUAUAUGAUCGAAAAUGGGUAAAUUGUAUUACUUAAGUGUAUCAUAAGUAGUUAAUGAAGAUGAAGCUUGAGUACAAAGUAUUCACAAAGACAUAGGAGAGGACACCUUAUAUGUUCUGCUUGGAUUCACUGUUGCCAGAUGAAAAUGGACAGAGUUUAUCCUAAAAUUAGGUUUAAAUGGAAAUAUAAAGACGGCUAUCCAUGAUUUUUCACUCCAUUUAGACUUUGUAGUACUAAGAUUGCAAGAACCAGUCAACUUAGCUGAUCGUUAGAACGUUAUGAUAUAUUCACUUAGAGUCAUCUCACCAACACAACAGCAGUUUUAUCCGAUCACAUUCAAAUAACAUUCACCCAUUCCAUGAGAUGUUUUUAGCACUUCUUAAAUGACAACUGUAUCAUUAUUUAUGAUUCACAUUAAAUAUCCAAUUACAUGACAGCAGCUGAUUCUUCAGCCAUACUUGAAAUUGUUGUAUCUUCAAUGUAAGUUCAAACAAUUACAAACAUUCUUGACUGCUUUACUUUGAUUGAAUUGCGUUUCAAAACGCUGCAAGGCUAAUCUUCACAAUUAUUUGUUGAGAAACAGAAAAAGAUAUGAUUUUGCAAACUCCAGCAUGAGCAAUUAUAUACAAAAUCUCACGGAUAUUAAAGAGGAAACACUAUACUUGAGACUAAAAUAUAUUGGAGUGUAAACGGUUCAUCCAAGAUUCUCUUAAACAAACAAUAAUUUGAUACUGUUAAUAGCCUAAGGUAUUUUUGCAUCUCUUUCCUUGUCUUUUCAAAAUAGUUGACUUAGCUAUGUGUUUUGUAAGUGAAGAACCUUUCGGAAAUCCUUCUGAGGUUGGAAAGGUUGGCAGAGAGUGGUGGAAACCCUACAACAAAUUGCCUUAACAUCUUUCAUAUUUUAGCCACUGACAACGAGGCACGGUUCAACCUUGUAAUUAUAGUAUACGCCAAUGAUACUGGAAUUUCUGAAUAUGGAAUAAGAGUUUAAAGUUGUGUGGAAAAAACUGUCACAGUCUAAACAAUAUUCUUGUCACAAGUGCCCACAUUUAUCUAUUGGUGGGCUAAACAAGCAUAAAAUGUAUGGACUGCAGAGUUUGCAAGAUCUUUUAAAAUAGAUGAGUUGGGAAACUGUAACAAUACCAAAGUUUUCUCUAUUUCCCAAGUCUAAUAAUAUUCACUCAGCUACUGUAGAUCUAUUUUUAAAAUAAUAGGGCAGGCCUCCCAAUUGUCCUCUUAUGCAGGAUGGCCCCUAUUUCAGUCUACUGUUUCUCUGUCCCGGAUUUUUUCCCUGAUGUCAUACUUUUGAGAUACCUGGGAACUGACCCCAAAAAGCUAUAGGACAAUUCAGGGAGACCUGGAACAGCACUCCCUGCAAGGUCUGUUCUUCAUGUCUGUAGUGAGCUUGCGGGUGUUUCAAUGAGCUUGUUCAUAAUGAUCUUAUAUGUGUAUAUCAGUGAGCUUGUAUGUGUGUCAGUGACAUUGUCUGUAGUCAGCUGUGUGUGUGCCAGUCAGCUUGUUUAUAGUGAGCCUGUUUGUGUCAGUGAGCGUCUCUGUAGUGAGCUUAUGUGUAAUGAUAUUGAUGUUACAAAGUUUUGGAAUCCAAUAGCCAGAUCAGCAAUGUUUUCUGCCAGAGGUAGCCACUCGUUACCCAGGUGGUUGAGCCCCUGAGCCUUGAGUGGCCGUCUGGUCUUAAGCAGAGAUUAGAGACUGGAACAGAAAGAUGAUAAUCGUAGUGAGGCAAGCUGAGGUCAGUGGGAAGGAGAAGCAGCAAAAAUGGUCCAAAUUCAGCAACAGGUAGGAGAAACAGGAAUAAGCUUGAUUAGAGAGUACAGGAACCACAAUAAUCUGGCAAAGGUACAGAGACAGGAAGUGGCUUUUAUAGGCCAAGAACCAGACACCUGACCAGACACAGCUGAAUAGAGUUAUCACUGAUACCAUUGCUUGUAGAGUCAAGGUUAUCAGAUCUCAGGCAAAUUUGCAAAAGGCAGGCUGGUGUACUGGUAAGGAAGAGGUUUAGCAGCAUGUAAACCAGGGUGCAAAACCCAGCUGAGUCAGUUCCUCACAUUACCCCCACCUCUACAGGUGCAGCCUCUGGAUAACCUAUUUCCUGGUUUAGCAGGGUACUGUGCGUAGAAAGACUGAAGAAGAUUAGGAGCAUGAAUAUUGUCCACUGGUUCCCACGAUCUAUCCUCCUCACCAUAGCCUUUCCAAUUAACCAAAUAUUGAAGCUUGUUGCGGAAGAUCCUGGAGUCAAGAAUUUUUUCCACCUCGUAUUCAUCUUCACCAUUCACCCUGGCAGGGCUCGACCAGGGAAAGUAUUUUCAUGAAAAGGCUUAAGCAAUGCAACGUGAAACACCGGAUGUAUUUUCAUGGAAUCCAGAAGUUGCAGACGGAAGGUGACAGCAUUGAUCUGAGCGAUGAUCUCAAAAGAUCCCAUAAACUUUUGACCCAAUUUAUGAGAAGGAAUCCUAAGCUUGAGAUUCUUUGUUGACAGCCAAACCUUGUCACCAACAUGAUAAACUGGGGCCUCCUUUCUAUGCCUAUUAGCAGCUUUUUUGUAACAUUCCUGAGCUUCCGAAAGAGUCUCCUUCAACAGUUCCUGAGAAUCUCGUAAGGCGGUUAGCCGGUCAGUGACUGCAGGAAUGGAAGUAGUAAUUGGGAGACUCACUAUAAAGGUUGGAUGGUAACCAUAAUUGGCAAAAAAUGGACUCCGAGAAGUGGAGCAGUGUUGGGCAUUGUUAUAGGUAAACUCCGCCGUGGGUAGAAAAUCCAGCCAGUCAUCCUGCAGGUAACUAAUAUAGCACCGCAAAUAUUGUUCUAAAGUCUGGUUGGUUCGCUCAGUCUGUCCAUUACUUUGUGGAUGAAAAGCCGACGACAGAUUUACAUUAAUACCUAGAAUAGAACAAAAAUAUUUCCAAAAAUGAGAUGUAAACUGCACUCCCCUGUCAGAAAUUACUUCAUCAGGCACUCCAUGCAAGCAAAAUAUUUCCGAAUAACUAGGUCAGCAGUCUGUUUAGCUGAAGGGAGACCACGAGCUGGUAUGAAAUGACUCAUUUUAGUUAACCGGUCCACAACAACAAGAAUGGUAGUAUGUUCCUUAGAGGGAGGUAGUUCCACAAUAAAGUCCAUGGAUAUAGAUCCCCAGGGACGAUGAGGAAUCGGAAGAGGCUGAAGCAAGCCAACAGGGGAUGAGUGAGGAGUCUUAUGUCUGGCACAUACAUCACGUAAAACGUCCAGUCGCAAUUAUUCUGGAACAAACAGACGUUGUUGAAAAAUCCUAAACCCAUUAAGCAUGGUCAUAUGAAGAUCACGAGGAGGCUCACGAAAAACUGGAUCUUCAGCAUAGCCCUUUUUAAUGCGAGACAUUAGAUCAGAAGGAAAGGUAACUCCUAAAAAUCUACUUUCCGGCAAGAUGGUGGCCUUGGUUACUGUAGUAUGGAGGGGGUCAGCUAUCCUAGACAAGGCAUCCGGAUGCAUUGCCAUUUCUGGAACCAGGGCAGAAUGAAAUAAAAAAAUUAAAACUUGAGAAAAAUAGGGACCAGCAUGCUUGUCUGGCUGACAGUCUCUUAGCUGAUUGAAUACAUUCCAGAUUUUUGUGAUCUGUGAGGGCAGUAAUUGGAUGGGUGGCUCCCUCCAAGAGAUGUCUCCAUUCGAUGAAGGCAGCUUUUAAAGCCAAAAGUUCUUUAUUCCCUAUGUCAUAAUUUCUUUCUGCUGGUAACAUCUGGCGGGAAUAGAAGGCACAUGGAUGUAACAACAUCUUAGGUCCAGUCCUUUGAGACAGUAUAGCCCCAACAGCUGAAUCAGAAGCAUCUACCUCUACAGUAAAUGGCAAUUCUGGCUGAGGAUAUACCAGGAUAGGGGCAGAUGUAAACAGAGUCUUUAAUCUGGAAAAUGCAGUGUCAGCCUUAUUGAACCACUGAAAAGGAGUCCCUUUACGUGUAAGUUCAGUGAUCGGUGUAAUAACGGCAGAGGAAUUCUUAAUGAAAUGCCUGUAAAAAUUGGCAAACCCCACAAAUCUCUGAAUAUCUUUUAUAUUCUUGGAGAUGGGCCAGUCCAGCACAGCUUUAAUUUUACUUGCGUCCAUACUUAAACCUUUAGGAAUUAUAACAUACCCCAGGAAUUGAAUUUCUGUUUUUUAAACUCCCAUUUUUCCAGUUUAGUGUAUAGGUGGUGGGUACGAAGGCGCUCAAGAACAAUGCAGACCUGUUUUCAGUGAUUUUCAAGAUCAGAAAAUAUCAGGAUAUCAUCCAAAUAUGCCACAACAAACUGAUCCAGGAGAUCCCGUAGUACAUCAUUGAUUAGAUGCUGAAAAGUUGCAGGGGCAUUACAAAGCCCAAAUGGCAUUACUAGAUAUUCGUAAUAUGUCUGUACCUUGUUCUGAAAGGUGUUUUCCAUUCAUCAUUUGGUCUUAUGCGAACCAGAUUAUAUGCCCCCCGUAGAUCAAGCUUCGUAAAUAUUUUAGCUGAGCGAAGUCUCUCCAGAAGUUCAGGAAUGAGAGGCAAGGAAUAGCGUUUUUUACAGUGAUGUUAUUAAUGUCCCUGUAAUCGACACAUGGCCGUAGACUGCCAUCUUUCUUUUCUCCAAAGAAUAUAGGAGCUCCUGCUGGAGAAAUAGAUGGUCGAAUAAAGCCUUUGGCAAGAUUUUCUUGUAUAUAUUCACAAAGUGCUUUCAAUUCAGGCUCAGAAAGGGAGUAUAAAUGGCCAAAUGGGAUAGCAGCUCCAGGUAGCAGCUCUAUGGGGCAAUCAUAAGGCCUGUGAGGUGGAAGCUGAUCAGCAUUCUUCUUAUCACAGACAUCUGCAAAAUCCCGAUAUUGUAGAGGAAGCUUAGUUAAGUUUGUAGCAACUAUUUCAUUAAUUGUUGUGGCAACAGGUUUUGCCUUAGAGGGUUGGCAAUUCAUUAAGCAGUGUUCUGAAGGAAAGGACAAAGUUCUAGUCUUCCAAUCAAUCUGUGGGUUAUGCAGAGCAAGCCAGGGUAUACCCAAAAUCACUGGAAACUGUGUUGAGGAAAUUAGGUGGAAAGAUAUAGACUCAUGGUGAUUCACUUCCAGAAUCAAUUUUAAGGGCACAGUCUCAUGUGUAACCGGGCCUGACGUAAGUGGAGAACCGUCUACUGUUUCCAUUAACACAGGUGAAGAUUUAGGGAUAGACUGAAUUUUAUUUCCUGCUGCAAAUUUAAUGUCCAUAAAGUUUCCGCCUGCUCCAGAAUCUAUCAUAGCUGUAGUUGAAAUUUUAUUAUCACCAUAUUGCAAAGUGAUAGGCACCACCAAAUGAGCAUGAGCCAGAGGAAACCAGGGUUGUGUGACAGAAUCCAGUUGGUCUAAAAUCUGGGAUUGGUGUUGAAUCUGAGCACCCUCAGCAGUCAUAGCUAUUGUUCUUUUAGACUUGCUAGGGCAAUUGAUGGCAUAAUGCCCUUCACUACCACAAUACAGGCACAAAUUGUGAGUGCAUCGCUACUGUUUUUCUUCAUUGGAUAAUGGCCCUCUUAUUAGAUCUACCUGCAUAGCCUCAGGUUCAGAGUCUUUAGGUGUUUGUGGGGUCGGAGUAGAAAUUCUUGAAUAGAAAGUAGGAGUAGCACUUGAUUUAAAAGAGCCCUGUCUUUCCAAUAUUUUUUCUGAAAGUCUCCGAUCAAUACGGAUAGCCAACCGCACAAAUGCAUCAAACUCAACAGGAAGGUCAACAUGAGCUAGCUCAUCUUUUAUAGCUUCUGAGAGACCCCUUCUGAAGUUGAACCUCUGGGCUGAUUGGUUCCAAGUAGUAUCAGCAACCCACUGUCUGAAUUCAGCAGCAUUUUCAGCCACAGAGCGCCUCCCUUGAUGUAAAUGAAGGAGAGUGGCUUCUGCUGUAGCACAGCGAUUUGGUUCAUCAAAAACUAGGCACAUGGCCUCAAGAAAGUCUUUUAAAUUUCCCAAGACUGGUCUGUCCUGUUCCAGAAAAGGGGAGCCCUAGGCCCGGGCUUCAUCUUUGAAUAGGGAGAAAAUAAAUCCCACCUUCUCUCUUUCAGAUGGAAAACGGUUAGGUAACAUCAUGGGAUGCAAAUGGCAUUGAUUUAGGAAACCCCUACAUUUUUUCUGGUAGAGGCAAGCGGGCAUCUUGUGCAGGUGUAACAGUAGUAGAAGCAGCAGCCGCAACAUCAUGUGCCCUGUAGCUGGUAAGCUCACUAUGCAUUGAUCGAACUUCAUUCUGCAGUUCAGCUACCUGAUCCUGCAGCACUUGAAUGGUCUGUGCCUGGGUCACCAUAGUUAUUGCAUUAAAAGCAACCUGCUGGGCCAAUGCAGAAUCUGAUCCGACGGUCUCCAAGAAUGGGCCAGAUUAUUCUGUAAUGAUAUUGAUGUUACAAAGUUUUGGAGUCCAGUAGCCAGAUCAGCAAUGUUUUCUGCCAGAGGUAGCCACUUGUUACCCAGGUGGUUGAGCCACUGGUCUUAAGCAGAGAUGAGAGACUGGAACAGAAAGAUGAUAAUAGUAGUGAGGCAAGCCGAGGUCAGUGGGAAGGAGAAGCAGCAAAGUCAAAACGGUCCAAAUUCAGCAACAGGUAUGAGAAACAGGAACAAGCUUGAUUAGAGAGUACAGGAACCACAAUAAUCUGGCAAAGGUACAGAGACAGGAAGUGGCUUUUAUAGGCCAAGAACCAGACACCUGACCAGACACAGCUGAAGAGAGUUGUCACUGAUACCAUUGCUUGUAGAGUCAAGGUUAUCAGGGUUCGAAACCCAGCAGAGUCAGUUCCUCACAUUAUGUGUGUCAGUCAUCUUGUCUUUAGUGAGUUUGUAUGUGUCAGUAGGGUUGCCGCUAGAGCCCGGGCAACCUUGGAAUUCCAGAUGUUGUGGACUACAGCUCCCAGAAUUUUAUUGCAGCUAAAAUGCUGUCAAGGCAUCAGGGAGAAAUAGUCCUCCACAACUAGAUUGCCUAAGGUUGCCUACCUACAGUAAAGGCAUGUUUUUGGCCAAAAUAAACAUUGCUUUUUCUCUAAAACUGCAAUAUUUUACAUUUUAUAUUUUAUUUUAGUCUGAGACAAGGGACUUUAAAAUAAAGUGUUUUUUGGUAGUUAUAUCUAAACCCAAGCAAUUUGUAAAUUUGUGAACAAGAAGUUGUCAUUUAUCUUGUUGACCAAAAGCUAUUCUAGAACACUUUAGGCCAAUAGGAUAAUAAAAAAUGCAUCUCUUAACUGAGUUAACUGUAUUUGUCAAACAUAUCUGUGCUCAGAUAGAAUACUCAUUGGUAAGCAUGUACUGUAAUAAAAAUGACUUAUUACUAAUAUUUCUCUUUCUUUCCAUUUAAAGCUGGUUGGAUCUGCUGUACUUGCUAUUGGACUAUGGAUGCGCUUCAAUAGUGAAAUAAAAGAAUUCAAAUUAGAAAAAGAUGAGCUAGAAUUAUUUUUCAUGGGUAAGUCAGUGCAAAUAAGCAUUUUAUAAGAAUGCAAUAUAUCUGCCAAUUAUCUGUAAAAUGUCAGGACAAAAUGUAAUUUACAGUGGACACAGCAUAGGGACAUGUUAUUAAAUAAAGUUAUGUUUUUUAAAACUCUAAGAUUUAUUCACUAAGGAUUGAGCUGAUAUCGUAGAUACAAUGUUUUGGCUAGAACAGCCAAGUAAGGAAAAAUUCAUCUCCAACCAGUGUCAAACGUUUUUGGUUUUUUUUCUCUUAAUUUUUGGAUGAAAUGUUGCAAUUCAUUUGUAAACUCACCACACUUCUCAGUUUAACCGUUUACAGACAUAACAGGAGUUUUCCAUCAUGCUGGCCUUUCACUUCUGAAGCUGUGUCCUUAAAGUGUUACAGUUCCAGGGAUUGUUUACUAAACACCAAAUUGUAUUGAAUUGAAAACCAGUUUGCAAAAUUUAAGCAAAAAAGUGCUGAAUUAGUACACUAUAGUCAGUUUGGUCAAAUUAGUCUAAAUUUUGCAGUUUGCAUUUCAGAUUGUGUUAUUCACUAUAAAGUGAAUAAUCCCCCCCAGUGAAUAAACUGCAAGCUUUUUGUUUUAAUUUUGAGCAUGCAUGCAAUGAAUCAGGAUGUCAGAAUAAGAUUUAUUUUUUAAGAAUCCAAAACAGUCAAACUACCACUACUCUUAAGAGGCAGAAUUAGCUUUAAUAUUUAGCAUGUGUUAAAACGUGUUCUUUAAAUGUGAAAUAAAGAGAACCACAGCUGUGACAUAUGUUAUAUUUUUCUAAUUUUUGGAAAAAUGGCCUAUACUGCUAGAAAAAGGUGGCAAAGAAUUUGAUUUGUCAUUGAGUAAAAACAGCCUACAACUGCAAUGGGCAAUGUUGGCAACCCAGAUAUUUGCUGUCUACAUUUACCAUGAUGAAUUUCUCCAAAAAUUGAGGUAUGAAUGCGGGACAGGAUGUUAGUGGACCACAAGUGGAGAAUUAAUGGCAUGGUAAUGGAGCAGUUCUGCCCGAAACAGACAUGUGUUAACCUGGUGUACAUAUAAGCCGACGUUGCCAGAUACACUCAGAGUAGCCCAUGCUACUCUUGCAUGACCUAAGUUUAGUUUAGUGUGUCUAGCGAUGUUACCCCAAUGUGAGAUUGCUCUAAUGAAUCCAGGAUUUUUGGAAUGUACGAGUGACAAUCACCUUGCAGUUUACAAAUAUUUUGGGUGUUAAGACGAACCAUCACAUACCUGAUAGCAUAAACACAUGGUAUUUUAUAUCUUUUGAAAGACAUAUUGGAAACAGUGAGCUAAAUCUUGUAAAUCUUUUUAAGAUUGAAUAAAAUAAAAGAUGAUUUUUUUUUCCAGAUAAUAGGCUUUUAUAUUAUAAAUAACUGUAGCCCCAUUGCCGUCAGCAUAAAGUAUCAGUAGAAAGGAGAUCUCAAGCACACAUCGCAAAAAGCAAGCAACUGGACAUCAGUGGGCGCCCCAAAGCACCUGUCAGAUGGCUCUUCAAUUGCUCUCUAAGGGAAACACACCUCUGCUACAUUGUCAUUCUAACUCACACUGGUAUUAAAUUGCAAACCUUUGAAGUCUGAAUGGCUUCAGUAUUCAGACUGCAUGAAUACAGAAUAGAUGUAAACCUAUUUCUUUGCUGAAUUUUUCUAUCUGAAAAAUAACUCAUUCUUAUUCAUGCUGCUUUUAAUUUUUACCUACACCUGAUAUUUUAUACUUGUUACAAAAAUAAUAUAAACACCUAUUCUCAGGAAAUAUCCUCUCCAAUUUGGUAUUAUCUCCUUGCCAGUAACAGCACGCCUGACUUACAGUUGGUAAUUAGUGAGGGAGAGAGUACUUUGGAAUUGACUGGCAUUGAAAUGGAAAGACAGGGUAGUGUUUUGCAUCAAUAGAUACAUUAGGUUAAAUGAGUCUGGCAGCAAGAUUCUGGUUUCUGUUUUCUUGAUAUAGAGAGGAAGCUGACUGAGAAAUGUACCAUUAUGUCAUAUUUAAUUCAGAGGUUGCAUUGACUUGACUUCAUUCUUUUUCUUCAAAUCUAUUAAUUUUAGCAUGCACAAGCAAUGCUCUCUAUUUCAAAUACAAAAGAUUUAUUUACUAAACAGUCAAAUCGGUGACUUGAAAACUGAAAUCUAUAAAAGGACAAAAAAGCUGAAUCCUCAACUCCCCUUUUUUGGCCUAAAUGUUGCAUAUUUGUUUUUCACAAAAUAACAAUUUCACUGCUUAAUAAAUGGAUUUCCAUAGCGUGUGUCUUCUUCUUUUCCAGUUCAACUGAGUGCUAAUUUCUCCAAAUUAGAUAUUUUUAUUAUUAUUAUUGGCAUUUAUAUAGUGCCAACUUAUUCCGCAGCACUUUACAAUCUAAUAUAAAAGGGAGAAAUUUGACAAUAAAUGAGACAAUUACAAAAUUUUACCGGAGCAAUAAGUAGAUGAGGACCCUGCUCAGACGAGCUUACAGUCAGACAAGAUAUCUUAGCAAAAUUGUUGCAAGUUGACUUUUUUGGUUUAACCAAAAUGCUUCUAUGGAAACAGAGGAACUGCAUAUUUUUCAGUCCCCAUUUAAUUAAAUAAAUCUUUUUUUUUUUUUUUUCCACAAAAAAAAAAUUAAUAGCAACUGUAAGCCAGGAAAGAAAGAAAACAGAUACAGAAAGGCCUGAGCUAAAUGUGUACUUGUCAACAGGAAAGAUCAGCAACACUAUUUAGAAUUAGUGUGAAAUCACUGGUGUUAGUUUACUUUCACCUUUCAGACUGUUAAUGACAUUAGUACUGUUCUGGCCACAUGCAUGUUCCGGGGAUUAAGGAUGGCAGACUCCCCUGGAAAACUAGUUUUAUGGAGCCAAUGGAAAGUCAGCAAGCCUGUGUGGAUGAUAGAAACAUGCAGAGCGAGCAGUCUAUCACAUCAUCAAACAAAAGGAACAAAUGAGUUCUUAUUUGCUUGUCAAAUCAGUACAGCGCAGAACAGGGUAUCUGAAGACGACCACGUCUACAACAUCAGGGAUUAUCUGAGACAGGGCAGAUUUAUCUAUUUAUUCAAAGUCCUCCUUCUUCUUCUGUAACUGCUCCCCUAAUAGCAACAAUACAGUGUAACAUGCUAUUCUAAGAGUUAAAUGUAAACAAAUAUCUGCAUUUUCUUUCAAAGGCCUCGAUUUUAGUCUUUAUUCACAAUUAAUUGUGCUGUGUCAGGAUAUUGGUAAUAAAAUAAAAACCUGUUAGGUUUUCAGUUGUGUAGUAGUGUAUUCCUAAACUUUUGUCCUUUUGGGUGCCAUAGGUUCCGACCUGUAGCUAAGCAAUGAAUUUGCCACACCUCUGUCAAUCAUCAGAGCUACAAUAAUUUAUUAUGUUGCACCUGCUAUUUGUUAUCAUUAUAUAUCUGCUAAGUGUGAUGCAAUUUAUACUUAAGUUUCUGUAUAAAUUGUUAGUAGCUAAUGUAAAAGCCUUAGGGGGACAUCAUAAUCAUGACAUUAUUAGUCAUUAGCUCAGCAGAGUGUUUGUAGUUAAUUAAUUGCUGUAUAUGCUUAAACACUACCUGUAGUCAAAAAUGAAUAUUUCAGACAAAAGCAAUAUGUGGUGUAAACCGCGCUGUGACACAAACACAAGCAGUGCAGCUAAAUUCCACAGUAAAAAGAAAUUAAGAAAAAUACAAAGUGCAAAGCGCACUAAAGUGUAUAAAAAAACAAAAAUAAAUUAGACUGUUGUGCACAGUGUAUAUGUGACUUUAAUAAAUGUAUAUACAUACACUGAUUAGGAACUGUGUUCAAUUACGCUGUAAAAGAGAAAUUCUCACAUAGGGUAAUAUAGUCUGAAUAAAACCCCAAAUAAAAUCAGCUUAGGUUUUAUUGUAUCCUACAAACAUUUUCAAAAGCCUAAACAAGACUGGCUUGUAUAUAACGUUUAUAUGGGUAUAAUGACUUCUGUAGUGAAACUUCAGUAGUGUGCACCUCUCAGCAACCAUAAAAUGGAGAUAGCAAGCAGCAAAUUAGAAUGAAAAUAUAUAAAUUUAUUAGAAACAAAAAUGUAAUAUCCUUGCAUAUUAAAACAUAAUAAGCUGAUUCAUAGUCGUUCAGUCUCUUAGUUCAGCACAAAAUGCCUUCAUCAGAUGCAUAAUCCUAUGUCUUUCUGUUCCUCUUUAAAAUUCCAGAAGGUGCCGAAAAUCAUCCAUGACACGCACCCUUGGGUGUGUUGCGCCACUUCUGGUGCUGCGGUGCAUGCCUUUCCAAGUUCAUUUGGACAAGUCUUACAAUCAUUAUUCUGGGGCACCUUCUGGGCACCAUAUUUGUGCUCCCGGAAGAACCAUACGCAUAUCCCAGUGUGUUCCGGAUCACCCGAAAGUCCUCUUUUGGCCAUCUUAAAAACCCUAGACUUCUUGCGGCAGUCCAUUCCGCUGGAACUCUUUAUCUCUCCUGAAGUAUCUCACAAGUUCUUAAAGCAUAGAAGCGCCACUGGAUAUACUUUGGCAGCCAUUUUUGAUUAGGCAACAUCAUAUAUAGUGACGGCAAGAACAGACAUGAAAUCUAAACAUAAAUAAAAAUAGAUUAGAAAAAAUAUAUAGAAGUGCAUAUACUUAAUAUGGCCAUAAAUGUAGUAUAGAUUCACAUCUACAUAUAUCUAAUUUAAAUUGAUAAAUACAGAGGGGCGGAGCCUAAACACUUCAGCAGACAUACUUCAUAAAAGCUCCAGACGACCCAAUGUAAUAAAAUGGACUUUGUGGCGGACCGCCUGGCACCCCGACCGGGUGCCUCCACCUAUCACUACUUCCUAGUACCUCUGAGUAUUUUCAAGCACACCACCAGACAUCAACAGCACCGUUGGCCCACACUUCCAGCAUUACAGCUUGGCUGGGGUCUCGCUGUCCUCCACCCACCCUGGACCCUAGACCAGGAUACAGCUUCCAGUGGGCAGACCUCUCCUGCUCUGGAGAAUGUAGCAGGCUGCUCUUACAAGAGCAAGUGAUUAUAACCCAGAGGAGUAUAGUGAUAUAGCAAUCCCCAGGGUAGAUACAGCCGUUUCCCCCAAACAUGAGACGAGGCUCUAUGUUGAGGGUAAGCAGGAACUCCUUUAAUGGCAGCCACAACUGGCCUUUUAUGCAAGUCCCCAUACAAGGGGCACUCCCCCCUGGACCUGAGAAUAAACCACAGUAUAAACAAAUACACAAUUACAUUGGCUCUCAGAUCCAGGACACUCCCACACAUAAACAAACUACCAAACAUAGUCAUGUUCUUACCCUGGAGCUUGUUUCCCUCAUCCAGGCGAAUGAUUUCACUGAACGCAGGCGAUGAUGGAAGUCCAGCGGUGUUCAGGAGUUUCUGUAUCCGAUUUUAAUUCCCACAAGAUUCAUGCCCAAACACCGCUGCCUGUGUUCAUGCGAACAAGAUUGCCACCACGUCAUGGUUGACCGUAGGAACUGCGGCCACCCAGACAAACAAUUAGAACACUGCAGUGAGAACCGUUCCAAGGUGUUAAUAGGUGUAACAAGCUCCCGGGUGCUCCUUGGUUCGUGCGUCUGUUUGGUUCCUUAACAGGAUAGCAAAACGGCCAGAACAAAGUCUUUUAUGAGCCUCUUUGCAUGGUCCAUAGUCCUGAGGCAGGAGGCUGGCAAUCAGGCCCCCUCCAAGAACCAGUGGUGAAGUUACUUUCGCCACAGACUUUACCACUAAAAGUCAGCAGUUACAAUUCAGAACGCUCCCCAUACAUCAGAGAACCAUGGUCUGCUGCUAUUUCCAUUGGCUUGGAGCAGAAUCACCGGCACUCAGCACUGGUGGACACUGUCGGAACUGAGGCCUAUGCUGUUCGACCGGGAGGGAGUCGGCCAAUCCCUCUUCUCUUAGACUCUCAGUUGUUUCAGGAGACCACCAGAGUUUCUCCAAUCCCCCUCUUACCAGUAACGGUGAUCACAGUACCCCUGCUACCCCCAGAAGCUACAAUGGGAUGUAAGCACAAAAAGCCUUAUCACACAAAGAGGCCUGCACUCCCAGACAGUAAACUACCCAGCAGUUACCUAUCAAAGCGAUGCUUGAGCCUUAGAGUGAGCAAUCUCUUAGAUGACUCACGGGAGGAGGGGGAAUAAUGCACAUCACCUCCUCCUCCUAGACUAUACCAUAAAGCAGAUUAUGACCUGUGACCCUAACAGGUAAACAAAUACAAAAAAACAAACAAACCCAUAGGACACCAAAGGAGUAUUGCACAAUUAUUAUUUUUUUGUUCACAUAAUGCAUUAGUAAACACAUAAAAGUAGUAAAGUGCAAACAUGCAGAAUAUUCACCUUAUAAGUUAGGCUCAGUGCAUAUAAGUGCUCAAUGCAUAAACACAAGUGUAACAACAGGUAUACUGACCCAAGCUGGAGACCACAGCGCCCCAACGUUUCACACUACGCCUUCCUCAAGGGGGAUCUCAAACUAACUGGGUUAUGUUCCCAUUUAUAUAGUCCUAUCAAAGUGGAUUAAGUGUAAAAAAAUAAUGAAAAACAGGUGUGGCAGACGUGGGAUGUCCCCUGAAGCUAAUCUCAACCAGUUCCCUGUGUUUCCGCUAAUGAAUAAAUGUCACAUUUUUAUGAUUUGCAGAUAUUAUUGUACUGCUGUUCUCUGAUGUUGCUGUUUGUACAUGUAUAGACUGAGGGAUACAAAGGGGAUCACUGAAAUGAAUCAUGACUUUGGAUCAGAUAGUGGUUGAGAGGCUUACUAUGUUGUGAAUUUUGGACUAUUUCAGUUCAUUGUCCUUAGACGAUUCUGACUUUGGGUAGCCCUUUCAUUCCUUUUCUAGACCGCCCCGGCAGCCGUUGAUGUGUACUUAUGUUGCGUGAUGACAUCACACGUUGCAGUUGCAUACAUAAUGAUGUCAUACGCCAAAUGCAGAAAUCAUAAGCGGAAAUACAGGAAACUGGUUGAUAUCGGCUUCAAUGGACAUCCUCUUUCUCCCACACCGCUGCCGGUCUGCACUUACUAUCACCUGUGAGAGAAUUUGUCAGUCGACCAUUUGAAGUGUGCAAUGGGCUAUAGUUUAGAAUGCAAAUUUGCCUUGAGAAUCCAUUAUACUUAUGUUUAUUUUCUUAUAUUAUUUGAUUUGAGUUGAUUGUUGCAUUGCAACCAAUCUUGAAAUAUUCUUGACCUGUUUAAUCUUUUAUGACAUAUUGGCACAGUUGUGUACAAAACCUAAUAUACUACAAAUUAAAAAAGAAAAAAAUUAUAAAUACAUAAAACCAUGUUAACUCAUUAUAUAGAAUUGAAAAUCUCAAAGUCUAUAUUCAAUCCUGUUGGAGAUAAGGAAUCUAAUUCGAAAAUCCACCUCAACUCAGUUUUAUUAAACUAUUUUUAUAAAAUCACCAUCUCUCCACUUUUUUCACAUUUUGAAUACCAAUAAAAAUUAGACAUUUAGGGUUUCCAUUAUGAUAAUGUACAAAGUGGGCAGAUACAGAGUGAUUCAAGACCUUGAUUUUAAUAUUCCUCAUGUUCUUGCAGAUUCUGAAUUUAAAAGGGUCUAGUGGUCCUGCCUACAUAUUGCAGGCUACAAUCACACGUCAAGUGAUAAAUUACAUUGUUAACAUUACAGGUCGUAAAUGAGUCAAUGUGAUACUUUUUGUUAGUGACAUUUGACAUAAAACUACUACUUUUUUAGUUUUUUAAUUGUAGUUUCUUUAGAAGCCUGCGAUUGUCCUCAAUUGCAAAAACAUUUUAAUUUAGAUCCAAAAUGUCGCUGUCUUCUGAUUCUUUUAAAAUACGGCUAGUGGUUAAAAUCUAAAGUUGAACGUUUUUACUUCCCCAUAUACAAUUUUUGGUUUGGUGCCAAUAAACUGGCUCAGAUCUUCAUUUUGUUCCAAAAUGUGCCAAUGUUUAUUAAAAAGAAUCUUUUUAAAAAGUCCACAAGAAAUAUAUUUACAUAUAAAAUUCUGAAAACUCUGAAAAGGCAAUGUUUACAUCAAAAAGCCUACAGGGACUGACUAUAUUCACCAUUACAACUACAUUAACCCCUUAAGGACGGAGCCAAAUGUACACGUUGUGAACAAAACAAAAUGUAAACAAAACCUGGCAUUUGCGCUACAUGUCUGUCCAACCGUAAUUCACCUCUUUCAUAGUAAAUGCACCCACCCUUAUUAUAUAUCAUUUUAUUCAGGGGAAACAGGGCUUUCAUUUAAUAUCAAAUAUUUAGCUAUGAAACAUAAUUUAAUAUGAAAAAAAUGGGAGAAAAUACGAUUUUUUUGAUUUUUUUAGUUCUACAUGACAUUUUAACGGUCAAUGUCAUAAUACUGUUUGCUUUUACUGCAAUAAAAUACACAUAUUUGUAUUCAGCAAAGUCUCACGUGUAAAACAGUACCCCCUAUGUACAGGUUUUAUGGCGUUUUGGGAAGUUACAGGGUCAAAUAUAGCACGUUACAUUUGAAAUUGAAAUUCGCCAGAUUGGUUACGUUGCCUUUGAGACUGUAUAGUAGCCCAGGAAAGAAAUUUACACCCAUAAUGGCAUACCAUUUGCAAUAGUAGACAACCCAAGGUAUUGCAAAUGGGGUAUGUCCAGUCUUUUAGUAGCCAUUUGGUCACAAACACUGGCCAAAGUUAGCGUUAGUAUUUGUUUGUGUGAAAAAUGCAAAAGCAAUUUUGGCCAGUGUUUGUGACUAAUGGCUACUAAAAAAAGACUGACAUACCCCGUUUGCAACCUUGGGUUGUCUACUAUUGCAAAUGGUAUGCCAUCAUAGGGGUAAUUUUCAUUCUUGGGCUACCAUAGGGUCUCAAAGGCACGUAACCAAUCUGGCGAAUUUUAAUGUGAAAAAAAUGAAACGCAAGCCUUAUAUUUGACGCUGUAACUUUUGAAAACACCAUAAAACCUGUACAUGAGGGGUACUGUUGUACUCGGGAGACUUCACUGAACACAAAUAUUUGUGUUUCAAAACAGUAAAAAGUAUCAUAGCAAUAAUAUUGUCCGUUUAAUGCUGUUUGUGCGUGAAAAAUGCAAAAACGUCACUUUUACUGGCGAUAUCAUCGUUGUAAUACAUUUUACUGUUUUGAAACACUAAUAUUUGUGUUCAGCGAAGUCUCCCGAGUAGAACAGUACCCCCCAUGUACAGGUUUUAUGGUGUCUUGGAAAGUUAUAGGGUUAAAUAUAGUGCUAGCAAAUUAAAUUCCCUUUACUUUCGGCAUGGGUUGUCAGGCAGGUCCCGCUAAUUGUAAUUAAUUAAGAUACCUAAUUAUGUAAAAAUAUUACAUAAAUAUAUAUGUAGAAUAUAAUAUAUGUAUAUAUAUAUCUAUAUAUAUAUAUUUUUUAAAUAUUUUUAUUUAUAUAUAGGUAUAUAUAUAGUGAUAUAUACGUAUAUAUUUAUGUGUAUAAAUAUAUAUAUUAUUUCGUUCUAUGUGUAUUUUGAUAUAUAUAUAUAUAUAUUAAUUUCACAAUACAGUUAGAACGAAAUAACACACAUCUAUAUAUUUUUUAAUUAUUUAUUUUUAAUUAUUUUUGUAAUUUUAUUUUUUAACGUAUUUACAUUUUAAUUUUUUUUAUAAUAUAUAUAAAUAUAUAUAUAACAAUAAUUAUAUAUAUAUUUAAUCAGUAUCAGUGUACGUGUAAUUUGAUAUUAAUAUAUAUAUAUAAUUAUAUAUAUAUUAAUAGUAAAAUACACCUAGACGGUGUACAUGUGUGUAUGUAUAUGUGUAUAUAUAUACUUUGAUCAUAUAUAUAUAAUAUAUAUAUAUGAUCUAAGUAUAUAUAAUUUUAUUUUUUUACACUUUUAACUUAUUUUACUUUUAUUUUCAGCCAGCAGGGGGACCCCCUGUAAUUACAGGCAGCCCCCCUGCUGGCAAUACAGAAGCCAGCUAUACCCGGCCAUGUGAUUGUGGGGUCCUCGCUAGGACCCCACUCUCACACGGCCGGGGGGCUUCCUGGAGGACGGUCGUGCCGCGGGGGGCUCCCUGGGAGUCCCCCCCACCGCGAUCGCCGGCGUGGGACCGCCGGCGACCGGGUAAGUACAGAAAGACCGGAGGGCGUACUAUUACGCCCGGCGGCGUUUAGAGCCGCCUAUUAGAGGACGUAAUAGUACGCCCUGCGGUCUUAAGGGGUUAAGCUAUAGUGUCCCUUUAACUCCUGUCCUUAAUCAACCACAAUUUUCCCCUUUACUCCUAACCAUUAACUCCCCACACGUUAUUAAUAUAAUUGUUAAAUCCUAUUCCUAUUCUUACUCAAAACCAAGGUUAGUAGCAAAACAAAGAAUGCCAGUAUAAACAGCUGGAAUAAUGAAGCAACAUUUCAAAGCUGACAUUUCAACAGUGACAUUUGGAUGCUCCAUUUGCAUUUUUGUGGCUGUGAUUGCAACAAGGAAAUUAUCCUUGGCAGUACAUGCAAUUAUACCGUGCAGCAUAUAUACAUAUAUUAACCCUAUAAGAGCCAAACACAAUAUUGAAAACAAACAACUGACGUUUCGGUAAAUGAUUUUUAUCAAGAUACAAACAACAAACACAAGCAGGACAAAUCUGUAUCCCCAAUGCUACAGUGGCCGUGUACCUAUUUGUAGUCAGUAUAGUGCCUCUUCUGCUCUCCACCACCCCCAGCGCAGAAAAUAAAAAGAUUCAGUUAACUUUUUCCAACUUCUCAUAGAAGAGCAUUAGGGGCCUAAUGCACAUGAGUGGUGUGCACUGCAUGCACAUUUAUACUUCCCCAUAGGAUGGCACUAUCAGUGUCAUGGAAGCUCCUCUAGUAGUUUUCAUACUGACAGCCAGUGUUAAGUUUGUCACUAACAAUUUCAGUCAAAUUUUAGUCGACUAAAAUAUUUGAGAUUUAGUCGACUAAAACUAAAACAAUUCAGAUGACUAAAAUCUGACUAAAACUAAAAUGGCUUUUAAGUCAAAAGACUAAAACUCAAUUUAGGGCUUGGGAGAGAGACACCUAGAGGGGCUGGGAGAACACAAAGAGACAAAAAGGGAAUGGGGACAACACCCCCCCUUCUCCUUCUACUCAUAUGCCGAGUGCUCCCAGCACGUGUGGAAAAAACUCUGUUGGGAGGAGCUGGCUGCAGGAGGAAACCCUAUGGAUUACUACAGAGGCGUGCUGCUCAGGGGCUGGUGAAGAAAAAGAGAGAAGAGACACAAGUGAGAGUAAGUUAGAACAGAAAUUAAAGUGGAUGCUUGAAGAAGAGGUUAAUGGUUAAUUGAGGCAGAGGCACAGCUAUGGAGAAGAGAGGAAGUGUAGUGAUGGUGAUAAAGUAAGGGGUGACAAAGAUAGGUGUGGAGUAAAUACUAACAUAUAUAUAUAUAUAUAUAUAUAUAUAUAUAUAUAUAUAUAUAUAUAUAUAUAUAUGUGUGUGUGUGUAUAUAAUUAAUACAAUGUUAAACAAAAAUCACCUUGCGCCAGUCAAGCCAUAAGAUUUGCUUUUCCCACAGAAAUCCCAUAACUGCAGCGAUGUUACAACCGCAAAGGAUUCUGGGUGGGCAUAUGCCAAUUAGUUUAACAAAGAAUUAAAUUUUUGCCUCAUUCCAUUUUAACCAUAUACUUGUAGAUUCACGAGAUUCUAUGCUAUCCGCGUGCAAUGGUCUUUAAAGCGGGCUAGCGGCGGCAUAGAAGCAUGACCAACGUACUGCAACCUGGAGGUCGCGGUGCCACACUCCGCGCUGAUCCUCUUUAGAGGGAGGACUGCCCACGACAGCCAGAGCAGCCUCCCAUGGCAAAUAAGGCCCGAAGUCUUACAUGUGAUGGCUCUCAAGAAGCGUCAUAACCUAUAUAACAACUGUGGAUCUGCCAGCAGGGGGAAUGUCUGAAAUGUCAGACAAUCCCCCUGCUGGUGGGAAGUAUUAAAAAAAGAUUAAAAUACACAUGUUAAAAUAAAUUAAAUGCAUUUUUAUAUAUCAGAUAUUAUAGAUAUAUAAGAAAUUAUAGAUAUAUAUAUAUACGUGUGUGUGUGUGUGUGUAACGUCAUACGUAAUGUAUUCUAAUAUUAAUAUAAGUACAUAUAUUAGUAUUACACUUAUACAUCUAUAUAUAUUAUAUAUAUAUAUGUAUAUAUACACGUAUUAAUACAAUAAUAUAAUAAAAUAAAAUAUUUAAAAAUAAAUUAUACAUAUGUAAUUUCAUUCGAACUGUAUUUUGAUAUAUAUAUCUCUAUCUAUCUCUCUAUCUAUAUAUGUAACAAAAUACACUUAGAAUGACAUUUCAUAUCUAUAUAUAAAAUACAAAUAACCGUGUAUAUAUAUAUAUAUAUAUAUAUAUAUAUAUAUAUAUAUAUAUAUAUAUAUAUAUAUAUAUAUAUAUAUAUAUAUAUAUAUAUAUAUAUAUAACAUAAAUAACUACAUAAGUGUACACGUAGACUUUAAAUACAUAUAUAUGUAUAUAUAUUAAAUUCCACUUGUAUAUUUAAGUAAUAUUUUAAUGUAAUUAUGUGAUUUAAUUAGUUAAAAUUUGAUUGAAAUGCCUGACAACCCAGGCAAAAAGUGCAGAGAAUUUGAAUUGCAAGCACUAUAUUUAACCCUGUAACUUUCCAAGACACCAUAAAACCUGUACAUGGGGGGGUACUGUUUUACUCGGGAGACUUUGCUGAACACAAAUAUUAGUGUUUCAAAAUGGUAACUUGUAUUAUAACAAUGAUAUUUUUAGUAAAAGUGAUGUUUUUUGCAUUUUUCACACAUGAAUGGCACUUUUACUGACGAUAUUAUUGUUGUAAUACAAGUUACCAUUUUGAAACACUAAUAUUUGUGUUCAGCAAAGUCUCCUGAGUACAACAGUACCCCCCAUGUACAGGUUUUAUGGUGUUUUUGAAAGUUAAAGAGUCAAAUAUAAGGCUUGCAUUUCAUUUUUUUCAUGUUAAAAUUUGCCAGAUUGGUUAUGUUGCCUUUUGAGACUGUAUGGUAACCCAGGAAUAAGAAUUACCCCCAUGAUGACAUACUAUUUGCAAAAGUAGACAACCCAUGGUAUUGCAAACGGGGUAUGUCCAGUCAUUUUUAGUGGCCACUUAGUUACAAACACUGGCCAAAUACUAGUUUUUUGCUUUUUUCACACAAAAACAAAUAUGAAUUCUAACUUUGGCCAGUGUUUGUGACUAAGUGGCUACUACAGAAGACUGGACAUACCCCACUUGCAAUACCUUGGGUAGUCUACUUUUGCAAAUGGUAUGCCAUCAUGGGGUAAAUCUCAUUCCUGGGCUACCACACGGUCUCAAAAGUAACAUUACUAAUCUGGCAAAUUUCAAUGUGAAAAAACUGAAAAAUGGAAUGUGCUAUAUUUGACCCUUUAACUUUCCAAAACACCGUAAAAACUAUUAGUGGGGGGUACGAUUGUCCUCGUGAGACUUUGCUAAAUCCAAAUAUGUGCUUUUUUUGCAGUAAAAGCUUACAGUAUUAUGACAUUUACAGCUAAAAUGUGAGGCGGAACUACAAAUGUUUUCAAUUUUUUUUAAAUAUCUCACAGUUUUUUUAAUUUUAUUCAUAAUAAAUUAUGUUUCAUAUAUACAUUUUUGAUAAGAAAUGAAAGCCCUGUUUCUCCUGAACAAAAUGAUAUAUAAUAAGUGUGGGUGCAUAUAAUAUGAAAGAGGUGAAUUACGGUUGAACAGACAUAUAGCGCAAAUUCCAGUUUUUGUUUACAUUUUGUUUUGAUCAGAACGUGUUCUAUUGACUCCGUCCUGAAGGGGUUAAACAUGGAUUCCUUUUCAUCUGUGUUUGCUGUAUACAACAGCUUGAAACACAAUAUAGGAAAAGAUGCAAAACCAGUGAACCACUCAUGGACAGCUGUUUCAUUGUUAAUGCAACUCAUCAGCAUGAGGCUGGUUACUGGUUUGCUGGGGAAAAAUUGUGAUUGAAAACCCCUUCCACCUGAAGUCUGUGGAUAAUUAAUACAAUGCUAAACAAAAAUCUGCACACCAGUCAAGCCAUAAGACUUGCUUUUCCCACAGAAAUCCCAUAACUGUAGCGGUGUUACAACCGCAAAGGAUUCUGGGUGGGCAUAUGCAAAUUAGUUUAACAAAGAAUCAAAUUUUUGCCUCAUUCCAUUUUAAAUAUGGAUUCCUUUUAAUCUGCGUUUGCUGUAUACAACAGCUUGAAACACAAUAUAGGAAAAGAUGUAAAACCAGUGAACCACUCAUGGACAGCUGUUUCGUUGUUAAUUCAACUCGUCAGCAUGAGCUUGGUUACUGGUUUGCUUAUUGAGGCUUGGUAGUGCUUGGUAUAUAUACCAUCAGUUUCACAUAGCCCAGUUCACUGGUUAGUGAACCAGGCUAUGUUCACCUUUAGGCAGAGUUUUAAUAUUUUUUCUGUUUUCUUUAUUAUUAUUUUUUGGUUGUUUUUAUUUUUUUAUUAUUUAUUUAUUUUUUAUUAUUAUUUGUCUAUACUUUUAUACUUCUUUGUUUUGAUUUUUCUUUUCACCUUUUAUUUUUUAUUUUGUCCUGGUUCUCCUUUGUUAUGAUACUAAACUGCUCAUUUAGCCUGGGGACAUGUAUAUUAUUUUUGGCUACGGGCUGAUACACACUUCUGUGUGUCGCCUGUUGCCAUGGAUGUGCGUCUUGGUCCCGUGCGCAUGCGUGAUUAGGUUUCUUUUCGUGCAUGCGCUCGGACUUUAGAUGCUGUAUACCCUUUGCGGCCACCGUACUUUUCACGUGGUUUGGGACGUAAUCGCGUCUAGUCACGUGGGAGAGGCAGUCCUUUUUCUUUGAAGUGUUUGGUAUUUCAUUGAAUCCCAGGUAUAGUUUUGUAUGAUUAAUUGCACUAAUUUAGUUUAGUGAUAGAUUUAUUUAAAAGAUCUGUGCAUAGAUAAUGGUUUAUGUGAUUCUGUGUAAAACCUGGACUGCUUGUCUUUCUCUUUUGACUAUCCCCCCACUACUGCCUCUGACUCCUGCUUAUAUUGGACUGAAGGGGAGCUAACCCUGAUUCUCCCUUCCCAUCUUUUACUAAAUGGAAUUCCUCUUCUUCUCACAUGUAUUUCAUAGCCAGCCUUAUACAUCAUGCACAGGAAGCCACAACAUACACCUCACACAUAGCUACAACACUUAGAGACACCCUACACACCUACACAAGACACACACUCACACCACACAUUCACCCAACAUUUUAAUAAAUAUUCACAUCACAUAACACUUAAAAAAUAACAUAGGGGAAGAAUUUCAUGGUGCACAUGUCUAUGCGCAACAUGUGACAGCUUUACUGGAGUCUGGGAAAAUAAGCUGCCCAGACAGACCCAGCAAAGAGUGUUAAUACUGGCCAGCCAACCAGACUGGUGAAGAGGCAGGCACGCAGUGUGAAUGGGUGAUGGCAGACUGGCCAGACUCCAUGUGCUGGCUGACGGUGUCCAGUGCACAAUGCAGGCAGUUACAGCCAUCCCAUUAGGUUAGGUAGCACACCGCAAGAGUGCAAUGUCUGUGUGCAUCAGCACAGAGCUACAGGGAGCUGCGGGACCCCAGAAAUCAUGAUUUCAAUACAAAUCUAAUUGAGUGUGUGAAUGUGGCUCUAUGUAAGGAAUAAUUGCCGUCAGGCCGUUGCAUUAUUAGAAAAAAAAAUGCACACCCGAGAUGGUAAUGCGGUCACAACGCGAAGCGGAGUGGCCGUUACACCUUGGGUGUGCAUUAUUUUUUUCUAAUAAUUCAACGGCCUGUCAUAUUAUUCUGCUUAUACUACAGUUACCACACCUCGAAACAUUGUUCAGAUGAUGUAUUUCAAGACGUUUGUCAAGUUUUUGUCAUUAAAACGCUCUUGUAUGUAGGACUAAUUUCUCACGCAACUGUAAUGCGGUCAAGACCUGUCUGGAACUACUUUAGCCGUGCGUCUCCCUGAAAAUAAUGCACACCUUAGAACGUUCGGCAACCAAUAAGAUUGAAGCAUUCAACGGCCCUGUAGUAUAAGUGUGCAUAAAUGUGUGUAUAUGAAUGUGUAGUAUCUUUGGAUUAAUGCAAAUGUCAUAAAAAGGGUUAGGGUAUAUGUGAUGAGAUAUGUGGAUCAUAUGGUUGUGGUGUCACAAAAUGGGGGUAGGCAAAUAAUUUUUUGCCUGGGGUAGCAAAAAUCUUUCCACUGGCCCUGACUAAAAUCUACUAGAGAUUUAGUCCACUAAAACUAAAACAAUUCAGAUUACUAAAAUACGACAAAAACUAAAAUGACCUUUUAGUCAAAAGACUAUGACUAAAUUGAAACCUAAAUUGAGAUUCCCAAAAAUGUAAUGUAUUGCGGAGCUAAGGGAACAGGGACACUGCACCAAGACUAUUCAAUUGAGAUGAAGGGGUCUGGGUGAUUGUAGUGUUCCUUUAAAAUGGUGCAAUGACACAAAAGAGAGUAACAUCAGGAUCUAAUGCAAAGCUUUGACAGCAAAACACAGUAACACAGAACCAAGAAGAAAAAAUAAAUAGUGUAAAUACUUAAGAGGCUAUUAUCAAUAAAUUCUCCAAAUGAAAAAGUUACUUGUUCAAUACUGCUAUUAAUGUAGCCAGUACAAGAUACAAAACUCACACCAAAGAAACAAUGAUGUUAGCUGUUCAGUGCCCAUAAAUUAAAAUAGAAAUAUUUAAAGGUAAAAGUGUGGAGUCUCAAAACAACUUAAUCUGACCAUUGCCAUGUCAUGACUAAAAGUAUAUCAUAGAAGUAUAUCAUGAGUAAAAUCACCUUUUCAAAGAGAGACAACUGGGGCCUGACCAAAAAUUAAUAAAAGUUUUUUAUUCUCCAAGCUCCUGAAAACCCAGAAUCACUUGCACUUCAGUAAUUCCUGAGCAUGAUCACCCUCUCUAGGACAAAGUUAAUGGCAAUAAGCUGCAAAGAGGGCAGUAAAUGACCUACCUCUACAAAGCGUCUGGCUAAGGGUUUUUCUGACAUCCCUAAAGGCAGUACUUAUCGAGGAUCUGUGCACCCUAAUUCUCUCAUGAAGCGUUGUGUAAGUUUUGUCCACAUCAAUUAAUCCACAGUGACAUUGUAGUUUAAAGACCACAAAUAAAGUGGUACAUGUAAUCCUGUGGUGAAUCUGAAAUUGUUGUCCUCUAUGUGGGUGGUUGAAAGUGUGGCCUGGGGUCAUGUGGCCACAGGGCACACUCCUUAGAAAUCAAAAACAUUUAUGGGAUCUACAGAAUGGUGGGCAUGUACCAAAAUUUCCCUCAGGUUUGGAGGCUGUCUGUAGCUCAUAAGUGACGUGUGUUUGAAUCCUUCUGGAAGAAGAGGGUCAUACCACAGCAACUUCCAAUGUAACUACUUCAUUAAAGGGUCCAGAAGAAGUACUGAAAGUCUGAAUACAGCCAAUAUGCUUAGUAGCCUUCUUAGUCCUAAUUAUAGUAUCACAAAAUCUGUUUUUGGCCAUCAUUAAAGCUUUGAAAGCUUUCAAGUUCUGACUUGAAAUAUACUCUCUCCAAAAACGUUUGGAUCAUUUGGAACAACUGAACCUGACUUCAAUCUUCAUCAGAAUUAUUUAGCAAAACUCUCAAAUAAUGAGAUGAAGAAAUUCAGAAAGGGACUCUCUCAGUGGCUGGGGAGCUUUCUGUGUGCAGUAGGGUUUUGCAAUCUGUUUGUUUUUCUUAUUCCUAUCAAUACAAUAUAUACCCAAAGGUAUCACACAUAACGAAAAUAAACAAGUAAAAAAAUUCAAUUUCGUUGUAGUGUUGCUUCAUAAAGAAGAGUUCAACACCAUCGAUGGAAUUCAGUUCAUCAGUCAUGGCUAACAGUUUCUCCCCUGUCAGUGCCAAAUUAAAAACGCAUCAUUGAUGAAUUUUAAAUUGAGCAAAAUGUUUUGUGAGAAUUUAGACAAGGCUGACCAACGUUAGGUACAUAAAGGCAGUAGUGGAAGUUUCUGUGAGUUGAGCAUAGAAGUAAUCCUCAAACAUAAAAUAAUUAAAGGGAUACAUCAAACACCUAAAGGAACACUAUAGUCACAAAACAACUUUAGCUUAAUGAAUCAGUUUUGGUGUACAGAUCAUGCCCCUGAAGUCUCACUGCUUAAUUCUCUGACAAUUAGGAGUUAAAUCACACUGUUUAUGUAGCCCUAGUCACACCUCUAUGCACAUGACUUACACAGCCUUCCUAAACACUUCCUGUAUAUAGUCAUCUAAUGUUUACACUUACUUUAUUACAAACUCUGUUUAAUUUAGAAUUUCUUAUCUCCUGCUCUGUUAAUAGUGUGCUAGAGCGUGAAGGAGCCUCCUGGGUAUAAUUAAAGUUAAAUUCAGAAAGCAGGAGAUACAAACUUUUAAAGUAAGUAACAGCUGACUGAAAGUGAAAAUUAUUUUGUCUUGCAGACUGUGUCAGUCAUUGCCAGGAGAGGCAAGGGCUGCAUGGACAGAAACAAAAGUGAUUUAACUCCCAAGAUUGCAGAUAAUCGUAAAGUGAGACUGCAGAGGCAUGAUCUAUACACCAAAACUGCUUCAUUAAGCUAAAGUGGUUUUGGGUACUAUAGUGUCCCUUUAAACCUUGCUUUAUCCACUAGCCAUUAUUUAUUUUUAUUUUUUUUGGUUUGUAUGUGGCCAGUGGAGUUUCCAUUUAAACAUUAAGCAUCCUCAAUGAUCCUCAUAUAUGCACUGACUGGACUGUGAUAUAGGUUAAAUUGUAAGUUGUCUCAGCGGCCAAUUGUUGUAAAAUAUCAGUCCUGUAAGGACAACUUCCCUGCCUUUAUCAGUGGGGCGAACAAUGAAUGAUCCUGUUCAAAACUUUGGAGUGCCAUCCUUUCACUUUUAGUGAAGUUUGAAUCGGAGAUCACAUGUUGGCCCAGUAUCGUAAAUGAUUCAUUUCUGAGUUGGGUAGAAAAAGUCUGGAGGCGGGAGGGUUAACUGCACUUAAUAGCCAGGAGUUAUUGUUAGCUCUAGUGUUAUGAGUGGAUAGUCGUAAAAUUCUAGAAAACUUUAAUCUAAUCGAAAACAGCCAAGUUGUGACUACAGCUGAAUUGGAGAAUGUUUCUAAAUACAUUUUGCAAUUCAGUUUUCAAUCACAGUUUAAUAAAAACAAACAUAAUGUUACUAAAAUGUCACCAACAGGAAUGUGUAAUAUGCCACAACAUAUGAACACCUUAUAUGGUCCAGGUGUAGAUUUUACGGAUACCUUUUCUGGAUAAUAUUUUAAAACAUUCAGUUUGUCUACUUCUUUCUGGAACUUAGAGGGUAAAACAUUAAAUAAUAAAGCAGUGUUUAUUGGUCAUUAUAUAUUCUAAAAGAUACUGCGUAUCAACUAGUAGCACUGUAUCUUGCAAAGCAAAUUUGCACAGAACAAGUCAGCUUGAUGUUAAAAUACCCACAAGGGAUCCAAAUGAAGUGUCUAAGCUCUGUAUAAUUUCCUAUGCUGCAUCCAACGCUUUGGCAGUUAGUAGACAUUAAAUGGAACAUAUAACAGUUCAUUAUAGAGAGGUUACUGUAGUUAAUCAUCAUAACAUUCUUAUGAGAUUCCUUCUGUGUACCCGGUGGGUGCAGUGUCCCGAGGAAUAUAAAGUCUGAACCAGUAACCAGCAGGGAAAUAUCUGCUUUUAUAAUAAUGACAUACCAGAUAGGGCAUGUGAUUUAAUCUAUUUUGCAGGCAUCUCUUUUAGAAUCUUUUUAUAUUCAUCCAGAUGGUACAGAGCUCUCUGCCACUGCCUGCGCUAGGAAGUACAAAAUAAACAGUAAAACACCAGUGCCGAAAUAUUUGAGGAAUUUAAUGUGUUUUGGUGCAAGCAACUGUCACUAUGCAAGUUUAAAGCAGAUCUAGGAUAUAUCUAAGAUAUAUGUUUGUACAGGCACCAUUGUAUGUGUUUAUUUUUGUGCAUUAAGGGAAAUGCACACAUUUAAAUAAUUCAUAGAAAACUGCUUGCAUCCCUGUCAACUGUACUGGAUAUAGUGAAUCGGUUAUGAUUUUGGGCUUCUUAAUGUGGUUGUGGCCUGCAAUAAUCCAUUACUUGUAGUAUAUUGCAGUUCUCAGCUGGAGUGGUAGAUCCAAACGAGAAACUCUUGUAGACAUGUCUACCUCCCUGCUACUCCAGUGGGGAAUUCUCCAGUUAUGGUUCUGUCCCCUUCAUAGUUAGUUGAACUUUGUGGAGCUGUACACGUUGGGAGAAUGUAGUCUACCUAUAAAAGUGCUCACUUCUCUGGGGGACAAAUGAGUAGACCUGGAGAACAAUACGAUGACAACAACAAGAACCAAGUAACACAUAUUGUUAAACAAUAUAUCUUUUAUCAACACCAGCUCAGUUUGAAUUGGAACCAGAAACUUUUGGGAUAUGCUGAAGGUCAUAUCUAAGUAGAUAUAGAGGUAGAAAUACCAUGCGUGGAAAUCUAUUUUAGAUUUUUUUUUUUCUUUUGAGGAUAUCUGUUUUUCAACCUAUGUUUAAGUGUUUUUUUUCUUCUGCUUCAUUUUUAAAUUUACUCCAGAUUGAAGAAAUGAAAAAAAGAAUUUAGAGACCAGC